GGCUGCAGCGCAGGAGGAGGAGGAGGAGGAGGCGGCGACGGCUCUCCUGCCGCGCUCCUUCCCUCACGCCGCGCGCCCCUCGGCGUGGCAGGCGGCAGGCCUGGGCGCCGAUUUAAAGGAGGGGAUGUGACGAGCGCUGCGCUGUGCAUUGUGGGACUUCAUGCACAUUACAGUCGGCUUGUUCCAGUUUACACGGCGGCUGAGCGAAGUGGGGAGGGAGAGGCGCAGGGAGACAUAUUGCUGCUGCUGCUGCUGCCGCCGCCGCCGCUAUUGCUGGGAGCUGCGCUGUAAGUGAUUGACUGACGCCCCCUUCCUUUGCCAGGGACCCUGUCCUGCGCGAAACCUGCGCUCGUUGUUUGAGCACAAUGCGAUUUCCCUGCCAGCCGCCUGCCCUGUUCGCUUUGGGGAGGUGGGGUUGGGAUCGUCCCCCUGUCUCCCUUUCUCUCUGUGUCGUAUUGCAACACUUGCAGCAGCUGGAGGUGGUCCUUUGGGGCAGACACCUGCCUUGGGUGCGGGCGUAUCUUGCAAUCCAGAGAAGCUCCCGACAGGUUCCAGGAGGGCGUUACUGGUGGUGGUGUUAUUGUUGUUACUGGUAUUGUUAUUAACCGAGGCUCCUGUGAUUCCAUGAUUCUUUGCAAUCUGGGGGGACCUAGGCGAAAAGGGAUUUCCUCCGAUCCGAAUCCGGAGCGGAACCGAGGGGGUUAAAGGAGAGCAGAGAGACUUCCUUGCGCCCUUAAGGAAACCAGGAAAUAAAACUCUCCUCUGCGCGGUGUCGUGGCUCCGAUUCUUGCUCCGAUUUCAUUCUGGGCUAGGGAAUCCGGAUUUCGGGAGUGGAUUGUGGCCCUCGGAUUCCAAGAAUAUGCGAUCGUUUGCACAAGGGUGUUAGAUCAUGCGAGGCUGGACUUCUGCCCCAGCCAGCCACCCACCCACCUCCUUUUCUUUUCCCUCAAUUUUUCUCCUUCCUCCUCCUCCUCGGGUCAUUGAGCACGAGAAGAUAAUGCACAGAGACUGCAAGCUGAAUAACUAGGAAGCUGCAGAGGACAUAUUUGGUACGUUUCACUUUCACAUGACAUGUCCCAAAGUUGCUUGUUUGCAAAUGGGGAAGGGCUAAACCCAAAGACGCACACACGUCCAAAAAGAAAAAGGCUGCUUAGAACAAAGUGGGAGAAAAUAGUGGAAGGGGCACUGCGCAAGGUAUUUUAUCCAGAGCCUGUGAUUGUUGUGCCUGCUGCAAUGUGACCUGGUCCUGGAAGUGUGGGAUGGGAGUGGUUGCUCCCUGCAGCAGAGGGCUGCUAGAAACAUGGGUGAUCAAUCCACCCAGUUCAGUGUUGCCUACACUGACUGACAGCAGCUAUCCAGGGUUCCAUGCACAAGGCUUUCCACAAUCUCCCUAGAGAUGCUGAGGAUUGAACCCUGGAACAUUUGCCGGCCAAGCAGGUGCUCUACCACUGAACUACAGCCCCCUCCCAUAGGUAUUUUAAAGAGCAGAAUACAUGACAAAAAAAAGAACAAACCCAAUGCACUUUGAGAUACAAACUGCUUAAACUGACCUGAUCCUGUGGACUUCAUUCUGUUGCAAGGCCCUUGUUGCAUACUCUCUUAUUGGAGGACUGCUCUUGAGUAAAUGUAUGACGAUGCAGGUUUGCAAGCUGCAUCACGUUUCUUGUGUGCUAGCAUUUAAUUUGUGGAUCUCACCGUGUUUCUUUCCCUGUAAUGUGAAUAAAUAUUUAAACUUUGCUAGCUGGGUGGCAUACGCUGUCAUUUGACGCUUGUGGAUGUGGGGGCCAAAUUAUGACCUUGGCUUAUAUCAGAAAUGACUCUGUCUAUCCUCUUGUCUAUAGAGCUUUGAGUUUCAGAGCAUAUUCAAAUUGUGUUGUCUGUCGUGAUUUCACAUUUUCCACAUCUGACCCAAGUGUUCAUGCUUGGAUUAUGCAAUUAUCACUUAGCAACAGGUGUGUAGGGAUUGCUCCAGUUCAUGUGCUCUUGUUUCUCUGGGACUGAAAAAAAAUAAACCAAAAGGCAAAUCUGUAAUUAGAGAAAGAACACCUGAGUGUAAAGAAGGACAUGUAUUUAAGCAAAUACUAUAUUCAGCUGCAGGUGUCUUGUAUCCAUAUAUUGUUUAUGGGGCUAGUCAUCAUGGAAGUAAAACAAUACAUUCAACUCAAGGAUUCAGUGUAAUUUACAUGUGACAUAUUUGCUUUUGCAUUGCUUUUGACAUAUUUUGCUAAGAUUUCAGUUUGUUUUCUUGUUCUGAACUUAGCUGGAUAGGGGAAGUAAAGGGAAACAUAGCAAUACUCUCAGUUUCUAUAUUAUCUGUAAAGAUUGAAUAUGCCACUCUGUGUUUGGCUUAAUACACAUGUGGGCUAAUUCUACUCCAGAUUUACACCAGUGUUACUGAGAACAUAAUUUGAACCAGUGACAUUAAACACUGAAAAAUGUAGCUCAGGGGUUCGUAACUUGAGCACAAAAUGAUGCAUGCACUAUUGAUUAGAAAAUAUAUCAAACAUUUAUGGAGUCAUAGGAAUAUAGUGUGCACUUUGGGAACUCUUCCAAUGUCAUAAAAUAAAUUCUGUUGCACAAAAGAGAGUUCUUGGAAAUAAAAGGAGCACUCCAUUAUAGUAAGUAAAGAGGAUGUAGACUUCUGUGGAACUAUAAAAAAAAAUGAGUGCUUCUAACCUUAAUAACAACAUUAUGGGAAUUUUUUUCAAGUUGCAUAAUUCCUUCUGAUUACAAUUUCUUUUUGGGGGGGCGGGGAGAAACUUGGGCAGGUGUGGGUGUCCUCCAGAUAUUGUUGGACUACAACUCCCAUCAUUUGGUCCAUGAGCAAAUGGGAAAGUCCAGGUACCCUAACUCUUUUCUUUAACUGAGGGGCAGAGAACCUGGCCUCUCAGGGGGCCAAAUCUGAUAGCUGAGCAGGAUGCCCACCUGUCAAUUACAUGAUGUCACAGUGACAUUAGCAAAGAGCCCAGUGUGGUGUUUUGAAGUGCCAUUCAUCAGCAGGCUUUUAUCAGCUGAUAGGCAGUGACUUCUUGCUUGCUUUCUGUAGGGAUGGGUUGUGCAGUUGAAUUCCCCUCAGUUCCCCACAGGGAACUUAGUCAUGUCAGGUGUGAUGCUGGUAGGUGUGGUUUCAUGGAAAUGGCAUCACGGGACAAAUUGGGGCCCUGGUUGAGGCAGAUUUGGCAUGCAGGCCAGAGGUUGCCCAGCCUGACUUUAACUGAACAUGUUUUGGUUUUAGAAUACAGAUCUGUGUAGCACAAGACUACCUUCCUCAGGCUAUUUGCAGCCAAAGUACAGUUAUAAUGGCAAGUUCAUAUCCCUCCAGACUGGGACAGCAAACAGAGGAAGCACAGAGACUGGGCGCAGUUUGGUAGGAUAGGAGAGAGCAGCUACGCUAUACAUGUUCAGGUGGCAUAGCCUUCCCAUAUGAAGAGGGUUGAUACAGAUCAGGUUCUCCACUCCUUGGUCAAAUAGAAGAGUUAAGGUACUUCCCAAUUUGCUCCUGAACCAAAAAGCACAGAAAUUUUAGGUCAUGGUUCCUGCUGUAAUUUACAUGCCAUGGAAGCAGGAAAUUAAUGUACACCCUCAUUGUAUAUUGUGCUUCUUCGCACAGUGUAUAAGCAAGCAUGCAAAUAUUAACUUUGAACCAAAAUGAACUUUUAUCUGGCUCUGUAAUAAAUGAGGAGCUGUUGCAAAGCACUGACAGUACAGAUUCAAAAAAUGGCAGAUUCAAGGUCAGCUGUAGGACUGCUCACAAGAAAACCUCUCCAGUAUUAAGUAAAUGCAGGAAGAAGAAGAAAGGCAGCCUCUUUUAGUCCUGCCCCUGAUGCUGAUAAACCCAGUGGCCCAGGCCCCUUUGGCACCUGCAUGUGCAGCAUACACCCAAAAGGGGUCCUUUGCACUUGGACAGAUGCUGUAUGUGAGGCUGCCAGGGGGUGUGUUGUGAGUCAGGCUAGUGAGGCAGUCCCUCUUGCACUUCACACGUUUGCUGAACAUGUGGGAGCUUUUCCUUUGAACAGCCACUUUGGGCUGAAAUAGUAGCCACAGACAGGAGAAAUUUGCCUAUUGAGGGAACAAAGGGUCUUCUGCAUCUCAGCCAUUUUGUACUGAUGAUUUUCUGUGUUAAAUUUUCCAUGCCAAGUUGGGAGAAGUCUUCUUGAUUUUAAUAGAUAGAAUGUCCAGGAUUUGUUCCCUUUAACUAUUCCAUACCCUUCAUGCGCAGCCUCCAUAAAAUAGCACAGUGGUGUAAGCCAAAACUGGCAGAAGGAGAAAAAGAGCAGUAUCCAAAGUUUGCCUAAUACAGUCCCGGUUAUUUGGGGCAGGCCUUUUCGAAGCUGUAUUUAACUACAGUGCAGUGCCAGUGUUGCUAUCCCUGUUCUGUCCCUGCCUUCGGGAAGUUCAGGGAAUGGAGAGGUGGGUAAGUGCCAACAGGAGCAUAGGGGGCUAUGGAAUACAGUAUGAGAGAGGCAAUUUUUAUUGUUUAUAUUUAUUUUGGUAAGCUAUAUAGCACUUAAUUACAACCGUCUCUAAGUGGUAUACAAGUAACUCAGCAAUACAACAAAGAUAAAAAUAAGUUAAAAUGCUUUCUGGAAUGAUGAUGAUGAUGUCUUCAGUUGGUGUCAGCAGUGCCAAAGGAAGGGAUCGUGCUGGACCUCAGCUGCAAUGGAGUUCUACAAAAUCGGGCCCACAUUACUGAACACACAGCUCCGGGUGGACGUGAGCCAUGUCUCUCAGCCAUGAGGGAAAACUAACAGUGACUCCCCCCAAGACCCUAGUGAUCAGGCAGUCCUCAAGGUAUCCUGGACCCAAGUUGCAAUGGUCUUGCAUUAAGACAAGAACCUUGAACCUGGCCUUAUAGUGGUGGCUGGUGGGGUGAGGCAGAGCUGCCCCCCACCCCACCAAAAUCCAGUGUUGCUGCAGCUUACCUAGUUGUUGCUGAGUUGGUACAGGUGGUGAGGUCAGGGCUGCAUAGAUGCACUGGCAGCACUUCCACUGAUGUGUCUGCCCAGCCUUGACUUCUGCCACUUUCCCACCCCACUGCUGUCCAGGUAAGCUGCAGCGACCUCGGUGUCGAGAGGAUGGCUUCCUGGCUCUGCCCUCGUACACCAGUCGCUAUUGCCCUUAUCAUGUUUGUGAAGAUAAAAUGGGAUAAUCUCAUAUCUCCCGCCAUGAGCCGCUUGAAGGAAGAGUGGGGCAAAUCAGCUUUAACGUGCGAGGCUGAAAUAAUAGUAUUUGAUGGUUGCAAACAAAACAUUGUCUGCUGGCAAUGAAGAGAAGGUGAUGGAAAAGGAAACACACCAAAUGCUUCUCUAGUUCAUCUUGGCAUUUAUCCAGUCCCAGGAGAUCAUUAUCUAGUGUGAAUGCCCCAUUGAUGCCAUUAUAUAUAUCUAGCGAAAUCUGUCAUCUGUGUAUGAAGGCAGUUACUGUCCAUAUGCAUGCUUACCUUGGACCAGGCAAGCCUCUGACUCAAACCUAUUAGGAUGAAUGUUAAUUGCUCUGCUGAAAUCAACUCAGCAUCUGAUUGCCUAUUAAUAGCCUGCCAUUACCUUGACCCUCUUACAGUUCGGCAUUUGCUUGACCCUCUUGCCAAGUGUUAGUCAGAUGCUAGCCUAGCCAGUGUGAAAUGAGUGGCCCAGAAGUACAUGCAGCCACAGCAGCCUUCCGUAAGCAGUGAGGUUUGGUGGACAGAGAUCGGAUGAGUAAGAGUGUGUUCCUCCCCAGUCAAUCCAGAAAGUGGCAACAAGCCUGAGCAUGCUACAGGAUUUGGGGGGGGGGGGAGGGACGUAGCUGAGUGGUAGAGCAUCUGCUUUGCAUGUGUUAAGGUACCAGCUUCAGUCCUUGGCAUCACCAGGUGGGGCUGUGAGAGACCCUUGUCUGAACCGCUGGAGAUGCCUGUCAGUGUGGAUGGGGCUGAGCUAGAUGGACCAAUAGUCUGAUUGCUGCUGCUUCUGUUCCUUUUAACUACAUAGCAGUCUGAUACUCUGUUUGUGAAGGCUGUGACUUCAACAGCUGUAGCAGAAUCCUAAAUGAAGCAAUGAAAACCAGGGCUGCUCUGCUUGGAUGCUUCUGACCUUUCAGCUUCCACCACCCUCCAUUCCUAUGGCUGCUCUCGUGGUUUGCUUUGCUAAGGCCCACUGGAAGCCCCCUUCUCUUCACUCCAUCUUUGCCAAAUUGCAGGCACCAGAAUACCUACACCAGUGGCUGCUGCUGAGCUGGCAGAAAAGGCAGAGCAGGCCAAGAGUUGCUUUGUGCUGGUCCUGGGGCUCCCUCUGUGCUGAACGCUCUUGCCUGUGUAUAGAGCUGGGCUGUUCACCCAGAUUUAAAAAGAAAGGAAGGAGAAAUAAAAAUACAGAGAUGCAUUCGAAUCCCUCCAAUAGGCAGUAAUUCUGUGAUUGCUGAUUAAUCUGCUUAUGAAAAUUGCCUGUAUACCUUACUCCUUACAUAAAGCAUGUCCAUUUUCUUACUGGAGGUGUCUAGUUAUUGUUUAACACUAAUUGGAGCUAUUUGUAGCUCUGUGGGGUGGGGGUGGGGGGAGAAAACCCUUCCAAUUUGCAGAAGAUCUGUUAAGCUGCACGGAAGCUGUAUCUCACACGCCGUAUUAUUUCUUCAAGAGGAAGUCAUGCACAAUUAAAUGAAGAGUAGGCGAAGCAAUUGGGAGAUGCAGCCAUACGCGCUGUGUAGAAGAUUUAUUGUGAUUAGUUGUAUGCUAAGGACCAACUUGGGAUGCGGGUGGCGCUGUGGGUAAAACCUCGGCGCCUAGGACUUGCCGAUCGCAUGGUCGGCGGUUCGAAUCCCCGCGGCGGGGUGCGCUCCCGUUGUUCGGUCCCAGCGCCUGCCAACCUAGCAGUUCGAAAGCACCUCCGGAUGCAAGUAGAUAAAUAGGGACCGCUUACCAGCGGGAAGGUAAACGGCGUUCUGUGUGCUGCACUGGCUCACCAGAUGCAACUUGUCACGCUGGCCACGUGACCCGGAAGUGUCUGCGGACAGCGCUGGCUCCCGGUCUAUAGAGUGAGAUGAGCGCACAACCCUAGAGUCUGGCAAGACUGGCCCGAACGGGCAGGGGUACCUUUACCUUUACCUUUAAGGACCAACUUGAUGUCCCUCUCCGAUGUUGAAAUUUGUGUUUCCAUCCAUUCUGUUGUUUCAAAUGAGGUCCAAAGGUUAAUAUUGAAAGUUCCAGUAAACCUCCUCCACACCUUAUGGUCCCAGUAAAAAAAAGGGCCCGAGCUAGGUAGUAGUGCACAUGCAUGGCCUGUAGAAGAUUCCAUAUGCAAUCCUUGAAAUAUGUAGCCAAAGGGAUCAGGUAGCAACUGAAGGGUGAGACCUUGGCCUGAGACCCUGGAGAGCUGCUGGAGAGUCAGUGACAACAGGGCUAGAUGGACAGAUGAUCUGAUCUGGUCUGAAGCAGGUUUCUGUGCUCUUAAGAGAUUUGAGAGACAAGAAAACUCAGUGUAUUUCAGGUUCAUGAUACAGGCUGUUAAUGCCACGUGUUUUGUCAGAUUGUCCCUUGAUAGUUAUCAUCACAAAAAGGAAUUCCCCUGGGUUGCUUUGAAUUCCAUAGCAUCCUCUCCUUGUUAGAGGAGCUCUCUCAUCAGGGAUUACUCUGUUGAUGGAAGUUAUAGGCUCUCUGGGUUGAUGCCAUUUCUAUUUCAUCUCUCUGAAAAACGAGAAGGCAUGUUCACUCUCCCUUGCUCCUGCCAGUAGCUUCUCUGACAAAGAACCGUGCUAGCUUUGCAAGAAGUGGAAGACUGGAAGGGUAGAAACGCUCGAGAAAAUUGUCUAACUCCCCUCUCUCUUUUUGUUUGGAAGAAGUAUGAUCAGUUCUGGCAGAUGCUAGAAGGGCAUUAGAUGGUUUGAACCUUGGUUACAUAGCCAUUAUUCAGAUGGAAUGCUGAACCAUGGUUUGGUGGUAUGAAGACAGGUCUUGGGGUAUGGAAAAGUGAGAUGAAAGAAGGGUGUUGACACAGUCACUCCCAAGCAUCGUCUCUUGGUUUUGCACUUGUUGCAGCUCUGGUUGAAGUACCCAGUGCCACUAUUGAGGGUGCGCUAUGGAAUCCCAUGCAAUCAACUGAUGUGGACGAGGUGUUGGCGGCAAUAUGUCCAACCACAUGCUCCUUUGACCCCGUCCCUCCUGGCUCAUUAAAUUAGCAGAGGAGGACUGCUGAUUAUGAGAGGAAGGUCCCUGCAGCUUAAAAAAUACAUGUGACUACAUCUACCAGAAGGGCCAACUGGAAUAAACAAUCCAUGCCACAUAAAUCACUAAGUCCUAUUCAGAUGUAACUGGAAACCAUGGCUUUCCACUACCUAGACAAGUGUGCACAAACUUUGGGCUCAAACAGUCUCUUUCUCUCUCCCCUCCUCCUCUUCUGUGAUCAUGCAGAGAUCAAAAGCACCCUUUCUAUUAUCAAUGUCACAUUCAAACUUUGGGAACUGUGGUUUGUUUAAACUGUCGUUUAGUAAGAACAAUUCAGGAUCUGUUCAUUAUAAGCAUCUACUAUGUAACUUUGAGCAUGGGUGUUUGAGUUUGCCGGUCAUCAUCAUCUUCUUCUUUUUUUAUAAGAUAUUUAUUAAGAUUUUCAAAAAAUUACAAAAUAAAAAUAAAAAAAGAAGAAAAUACAAAAUAAAAAUGGUUAAAAACAACUCAAUCUUUCCAUUACUUAUUUUUCAUUAGCUUGUUUCCUGGACCUCCUCACGCCUCCCUUUUUUGUAUUCCAGUUCGGUUUGUUGGUUCAGCAAAUCCUUGCCCUCUUUGUUUAUCCUAGUCUUUAAUCUUAAAAUAUUGUAACGUUAAAUUUUUACCUACUGAUAAUCCAUUUUUCAUAUUCCCUUAAAGUAUUACAGCUGAAAACCACUUAAUUUCUAUGCCAGUCAUCAUCUUCCCUCCCCACUUCUUUUUCCAUUUGUGUUGUGACUUUUUGACUGUACACCUAUGGACAGGGAUUGUAUUAUAAUAAUUAAUUUUUAAUCUAUCAUACGUAAGCCACUGUGGUAGCCUUUUUAACUGAAGACUGGGGUAAAAUGCUUUAAAUGCUUUGAAACAUGGAGUGAAUAACAAAUAACAUUAAUAACAAUAAUAUUAGUAAUAAAAAGACAACACUUUGCGACAUCUCUGUUUGUAACUGUUUGUAACAAUGUGGCUUAUUCCAGUGACUGGCAAAUGUUUGAUAUUUUUUAAUUUUUCAUUUAUAAAGGACCUUUUUCUUCUUUAAUCGCAUUGAAAACUCCAGAUUGAAAUUCCAGGGUAAAAUAUUAUUAGCUAAUUGGCCAUUUGUGUUCCAUUAACUGGACAUGAAGUGUCUGAGAAUGCGCUGCUCUCCAGGGUUUUUGUGGUUUAUACAUAUUUUUAAGGGCCAUCUUAGAAGCCAUAAUUAGCCAGAUGGUUAAUAGAGACUUGCUAGUUAUAGGCCUACGAAGAUCCAUAUGGAGGAAAAGUGUGUUUUGCUGGGUUGUUUUUCCAAGUUAAGGAAUGGAAAAGUGGAAAGUGGGGAAAGCUUUCUAUAUCUUUACUUCAUUUUUCUUCACAACCUUUUCCUUAAAAGUACCUUGAACACAUGUGGUAAUAAGCGAUGGUUGCAUUCCUAGACACACCUGCAAGUAAGCCGUGUUGAACUCUGCGGCAUGCUUUUAAGAAGAUAUGCCUAGGACUGUGGUGUAUGAUGAGUAACCCUAAAAACUGCAGGUAUGGGACUUUGAACAGAGGCAAACCUGUGUUUAGCCACAAUCCUAUCAGUUGCCUUGGGCCAAUGUGAUGUGUCCAAUGGUAGACUUCCUUAUGGGUUGCCUUUUACAAGAUACACGUUUCUCUUUGUUUCAUCUCCUUGUUUGGGAAGUCUAGGAAUCGAGGUUAACAAGAGUGUGGGAGGAUGGAAUCAAUAGACGCUGGAAUUUAUAUUCUUAGUCGACAAAAGACUCCUGGUCUGAAAUUUAGACAGGUUUUAUGUAAUAGCUGAAAGUGUAUUUAAAAGCCUUCAUGACACGUUAGCACAGGUCAGAAAUCGCAUAGUAGCAAAAGUUGCAAAAUGUCAAAAGUAAGGCUUGCUUCACUUCAUUUGGAAGUCAGUCCAUCGGAGGUGCCUGGUGCAUAUAUUGAUAGGUUUGUGUUGCAGGGGGAAGUAGGGAGGGAGAGGGAGAACGCAAUGGAGCAAGGUGGGGACAAAUAGCUAAUGGAGCGAACAAGCAGAAAGAAUUCAGAACCUAGACAUGAUGAUUUAAUAAUCGCAAGGAGGUGAAGGGGGAAUUGGUUUGAGAAGGGGGGGGGGGUGAUACUGUGAAAAAGCACCCCUUUGUGCCAAGCCAGCUUUGGGUCACGAGGAGGUUUUCCUAUGGCUAAUACACACCGUUGGGGUUUCCUUUGGCUUAUAAAACAUUGUUUAUAAAACUGUCUAUCUCCAUAGGGGUGAAGGAAAAAGCCACUACAGGCUUCUCUUACAGGAAAUCAAAGGUUUAGGAAUUUGGACUAGUUUUCUAAACCACCAGCUCCCAGAAGAGCAACGGUUUCUGAGCUUGUAAACCGCCCCUCUCUGCGGAGCUUUUUAACAUUUUAAUUUAAUGCCUACAUACCCUUGCAAAAACACAACUUGAGAAUGACAGACACUCGGCAGAACGAUCAGCAACAUGUUUGUGGAUGGUAGUAAAUUAGCAUGCGAUUGCUGGCCAUCAUUCUCCGGUGUCAAGUCCAAUUAUGCUGGUGGAAGGAAGUUGUCAGAUUGGAGUUUGUGAAACUCCUGCAGGGGGAUGGAAUGAAAACGACUGUGAUUGGUAGGCGGAUAAAUUCCACAAUUUCAAAUCCCAGGCAGUUAAUUGCAAUCCUUUCCCUUUUCCAAAGAAACAAACAAAACAGUACUUUUGUAUGCAAGCAUUCUUGACUCCACUUGAGACCUUAAGCCUUACCUGGCAUUUUAUUUUUAUCAUCAUCAUCAUCACCUUCUAAACCACCACUUCAAGGCUAUUUACACAUAAAAUAACUAAAAUCAGUUGAAAACAUAAAAAACAACAAAUGCACUUAAAACAAGAUUAAAACCCUAACAAGUGGGCACUCACGGUAAAGACCUAAUUCAUCCAGGGAAAGCUUGUCAGAACCAAGAUUGUCUUCAGUUGCUUCCAGAAAAUGCAGACAGUGGGUGCCUUUCGUGUCUCAAGAGGGAUGCUGUUCCACAGAAUGGGGGCCAUCACAUUGAAAGCCCUGCUCCUAGUUACUGCAGAGCAGGCUUCUGAGAUAUUUGGAAUGUGUAGGAGAAACUGUCCCAAUGACUGCAGCGAUCUACUGACUAUAUAAGGGAUAAUGUGGUCUCUCAAGUAACCUGGUCUCAAGGUCUCCUACCAACACCAAGGCCCGUAGCAAACUGGCAGCCAGGCCAAAUCCCACAAGCAAGGUGUUAUAUGCUGGAGGUAGUUUGCCAGUCUUCUUUCAAGUACAUGAAAUGAUAAUAAGGAUGAGAGUACCUUUGAGCGUGUGCAAAGUGUCUUUCUGUCACAACCGCUAGUCCAGCACAUCUGGGACUAGUUGCUACAGCAGACAAUAUGAUCUUUGCAGGAUGGUUACUUUUCUCAGAAUAUUCAGUUUGGACAUACUUGUCAGUACAACAGGCAAAAUAAUCCACUCAUUACCAGAAAGACAAAAUAUGGGAACAAUUCUGUUUGCAUCUUCAGUGUGUUAAAAAAUAACAUUAUUGUCCAAGCAGCUCUCCUAACCCGGGUGAUGACUGGGAAUAGUGCCGGCACAGUGUCAGGACUCAAGGCAUGUUUUAUAAAUAUUAUUCGAGUUUAUUUUUGUAUGGUCAUUGGUGUUUUUACAAUGACUUCAUGUUUCUAUUUGCUGCUGUAUCUAGUACUGUAAAAUUACCGUUUGCUUUAAAAAAAAAAAAAGAGUAGAAAGUUUAACACCUUGAGCAAUAUAAAGUCAUCUGUUCAGAGCAUUUUUUUAAAAAAUUUUUUUACAAAAAUGAAAUUUGUUUUGUCAGGUGUAAUGGACAGAUGAAAUGCUAAAAAUUACCAUCCAUUCAAUCAGCAAGCAUUCACUCCUCCCCCAACCUUCAUAACUGUUUUUUUUAAAAAAUAAUAAUAAUAAUAUUUUUCUUUUCUCUCAUUACAAAUAUACCUAUAACAUACAACUUACAUAACAUCUCUCCCUCCCCCCUUUUGGACUUCCCUCAACUUCCUUUUCUGAUUUAUUAACCUCAUUAGUAUAUAACUGUUAAUUGUAAACAGAAAUGUUUUUUUAAAAAAUGCCUGUGUUUAUAUUAUUUUCUAACAAACAAACAAAUUGUUCUACCCCUGCUGGAUCAAUGAGCUUUCCGUCUGUAGAGGGACCCCAUUGGAUACAACCAUAAAUAAUUAACGCUGGGAUUCUCAGGGUGCUGGAUUUUGCACCCAGCGCCAGAGUCCUCUGACACACAGUCUGAUCAGCCUUGCCCACAGAAAUCUCUUUGAAUUUUAUGUGUUAGAGGCACAGAUAAGGCACUAAAAGCCCUGCCUCUCAACAUAGCACUGCAGCUUUCCACGUGAUGUACGGCAGUGUUGCGACUUAGUGCAGUUGAAAGCCUGUGGGCCCGAUUUUAAGAGACUGCUGAGGUAUCGUUCGCCAUUUGAAAGCAAGUGUCUCAGGCUUGAUUUGUAACCUUACCCUUUCCCCCUUUUGUUUCUAGUUUCUAGAUUGCUGACCCAGACCCACGUAAAAGAAAAUGUCCAGCAGGGGUGGGAAGAAAAAGUCGACGAAGACCUCUCGCUCGGCAAAAGCCGGGGUCAUAUUCCCCGUCGGACGAAUGCUCCGUUAUAUUAAGAAAGGUCAUCCGAAGUACAGGAUUGGGGUCGGUGCUCCAGUUUAUAUGGCAGCUGUACUUGAAUACCUGACUGGUAAGUUUGCCUCGACAAGAGCCAAGGCAGUUCAGUGGAAUCAGUUGCAAACGCGAGAGAGCAUUUGCGGAAGAUAAAAGCAGCGAAUUGAGGCGCGUUGCAUCUGCAGCAACAUUAACCUCAUAAUGAAUGUAAAUCCAAACUACUGAUCUUGCAUCUCAAUUCAGAUUUCUGUGUCUUGGAAGCAUUGCACUAGCUAACUUUCGCAGCUGUAAACCCUCUGUUGCAUUUAUAAUGGGUUCCUGGUAAGAUUAGUUGGCUUUUGGUUGAGCCUUCCGUGAUGCUAAAUUGGAUGCAGAUAGUAGGGAGGGCAAAUGGUAGCCGUUCGGAGGGCGUGUUGGCGUCAUGUCAGAAGAGGCGAAAGACCUGCAGGCUCCAAAGUCCCCUUGUUCCUCUGGCAUGCCCAAGGAAUGGGGUGCAAACGAAAACAGCCCUGAAGCUGACAUGGGUAUUUCACUUGCAUUGUAAUCAACAAGAGGGGAACUUUUUAAAAACGGCAACCGUAUGAACCUGGUAUAACACCCCCCCCCCCCAUUUUUAACUGUUCUUUAAAAUGCACAAAAUAAUGCACACUAGACAAGAGUUUCAAAAAGCAUAGGGGAAAUGCAGAGAAUACUUCACAAAACAGUGCCCUAAAAUACAUACCUGGACUUGUUUCGAUUAAUGUCUGCCGGAGACUUUGUGGAUAUUUAAGUUAUAAUUAGAAAAAUCUUAAUAAUUAUUCAUAAUUAUUCAUAAAGGAAACCGUUUAUAAGAAGUAAAUAAGGAGGCCAGAUAUAGGAUGAAGGAAGUCUUUUAUUUGGUUGUUUGUAUUGUUGUAUGUUAUGCUCAUUGUACGUUAUGUUCACGUUUAUUGAGGGUGGAUUUCUGUAUCGGGAGGGGGGGUUAUGUUAUGUUGUAAAUAAAAUUUCCAAUAAAAAUUAAUAACAAUAAAAAAAUAAUGUGCUUUACCACUAGCAAGCUUCAUUAGCUUGAAGCCAUUCACUAGAGCAGAGCUAGGGGACCUUCAGCCAAAGGACCACAUUCCCUUUAUUAAUAACGGUUUAAAACAACCUACAACCACCACAAUAAGGUACCACAUGCCAGUGGUGGCUGGGACCAGAGGCAAAAAGUGAACAAAACGACGAACGGGAUUUCCACCCUUUGUGCGGUGGGCUAGUGUCUGUACACACCCCUCUCUGUCCUCUGCCCAGGCAAGCAGGAAGUGUUACCAGAAUUCAAGGACGUAUUUCAGCCAGGCAAGAACACUCAGGAUAUGCAGAAGGGAUGAUAAGGGAAGAGAGGAUGUAUCUGGGGUGAGUCUUGGGGGCCAGAAAGAGGGACAUGGAGGGCAGGGUUUGGCUCCCAGGCCUGAGGUUCCUCAUCCCUGUACAUCUCUGUUGUGGCACCCCCACUGGAGAAUUCCCUCCCACUGGAGACCUAGAUAGCGACCAGCCUGAUGGGCUUCUGCCACCAAGCGAAAACUUCUCUCUCCUCCUGUGCCUUUGGAGGAAAUUAGUUAAUGCUUUCGGGGGGGGGGUGUUUCCUGUGCUACUGCAUUUUAUUAAUGAUUGGUUUAAAUAUUUUAUUGUAUUGUUUUAUAUUGGAAACCGCCCUGAGGUCUUGAUAUGUGCAAGGAAGGGCAGUCUAGAAAUUUUGUAAAUAAGCAAAUAAAUAAUUGGGCAAUGGGUUGGUUUGCUCCUGAGCCGUCAGUCAAAACAGCUGCAGGAGCAGCUUUUUUGAAAUGGGGCCAAUAAUGCAAUUAGAACAUGAUGCUUUCACUCUCCAUAUACUACAGCAGGGCCUCCUUUUGCCAGGGCUGCUAUACAUGGCGUGCUCUUACUGAACAAAGAGAGGUCUAAGAGUCUGUUUGAACGUUAGAGCCACCACGUGAAGACUGCCAAUGAACAUUUCUCUGGUGCUGGCAAGAGAUGCCACGCACCCAGUGGAGGCGCACCAAUAAUUGACAAGCAGUUUUCAGAUGUUAGACCCACUCUGUGAAGUGCUUCCAUGCAGAACCGAGGAUCUUUAAGAAUUACAAUUAGCCCUCAGGUGUAGUAUUAAUAGAGGGGGGGAGCAAUAGCUUUAAGGACUCGGUGUUAUGUACAAGCAGUGGCACCAUUGUAAAAAGAGGGUGGUAGAGAACGGGCUAAAGAGAUGGCAGCGAUUUCAGCAAGAUGAAGUAUCCAGAAAUGAAACGUUAGACCUAAGUUCUCAGGGUGGGGAGGGAUUCGGUAAGAGAUUAGAGUUGAUGGUCCUUGAUCUUUGUGGCUUAUUUGAGCAAUUUAAGUAAGUUUGCGGAUAUAAUAAAAAUGCCCUAAACUAUAAAAAAUAGUGUUCUAGAGUGAACUAAGGGCUAAGCAAGCUGACUGACUUUACAUGCACAGUCUUAGAAUCAUAGAUUUGUCCCUAUUACAUUUGUCCCAAUUGAAUUCAUUUUGUUAGUUUGGGCCCAGUUCUCCAAUUAGCCCUCCCACUUUGGUGCUGUCUGCAAAUUUGAUGAGCAUUCCCUCAAUUCAUCCAUCGAAGUCGUUUAUAAACUUUAGAAAUCCACCUGUGUAGCCCCCCUCUCCCAGUACUUAGGCAAGUCACUACUUUAAGGAAAUUACGGUACUUGUGAGAGGAGUAAUGGAUUUCUUGAACAACGACGGUAUGGUUUAAACAGGUUGCUAAGCUUGUCUGUAUUGACCUGUAUUUGUCCAUCUAGCUCAGUAUUAUCUACUCUUCUAUUACUGUAAUCACUAUGUAACUCAGAUGAUAUACAUAUAUAUUUAGAUUCUAAACUUCAUGCCUUUUAUAAAAUAGCCUGCACUGAGUGUUUUUUAAUAUAUAAAAAACCCCAAGCUAAACUAGCAACUGAGAUGUAUUACAAGUAAUGUUAAUGAGCAGGACAUGGUACCAAUUUUAGAGAGAGAGAAAGAGAUUUGCACACUUCUGUGAGAUGAAGAACCUUGAGCGAGGGAAGAAUACAAUAGAGCACGAAGACUUUUUUGUGGAGGGUGGGAACCCUGGGAAUUUGUAAACAUGGCUUACAAUCCCAGCUAGAUUAUCCCCAAGGAAGAUAUUAUAAAGAAAGCUGAAAAGAAAAUGAUUCUCUGCCUUUAAUUACUUCCAUUCCAAGGAACUGAGAUUAUUGUGGGUUUUAAAAAUGAUUUAAUUUUUUUUUACUAUUUAUGUUUUCUGUCUAACACGUUUCCCCCCUAAAAAGCAAAACUCAGAAAAGGACAUUUGCAUUUGUCUGUUUCCCCUGGUGGCUGCAUUCAUUUAAAAUGCAUUGUGAUAAAAAGUUAAUAUGUUUAUUCCAAACCAGAAUAAGAUAUUUUGCCCAUCUCUCCUUUAUUUAAAAGACGAUGCCAAUCCAAGCUCCAUUAAAGUGACUGUGAGGAUUAGGCUGCCAAAGUUAUUGCUCACGACCUUAUAAUAAAGGUUAUUGUCUGCAAUCCUCCAAUUUUCUGUCUUACAGCUCCCACUUUCAUCACGCACCAUGUAUGGUUUUGACUUCAUGGCCUUUCCUUUUUCUUCAUUUUGUGUGGUCUGAGCCUAGAUUUCUAUUGUAUGUUGUGAGUUGUGCUGACUACUGAAAAAGUAAGGGAUUGUUGGCAUCGCUGAAGGUCACACAGUAUCCCAUGGGACUUUUCUGAACUGACCCUCACUUUUUGCCUGAUAGGGAGCAGCUACAGAACAUAAAAAAAGAAGGAACACCACCUUUGUCUCCAAGGGUGCUCUCAGAGGUUCAGAUUGUGGCAGAGUUGAGAGAACAGAUAGAGAGGACAGAGUGAUCUGUAGUGGAAGGUGAAAUGGCAAUAAGAUCACUUUCAAGGAAAAUAUAAUAUCAGAAGCCAAAGGGCGAUACUCAACUAAGUUGUUGCAUGUGCAGAACAAGGUUCGCUAGUGCAGUGGGACUCUCUCUCUCCCCCAACACUUUCCUUUCCCUGUGUGUCCUGCAUGUAUGCUAAAUCUGUUUUGGAGGAGAGGGGGAAAACUCUUGCUGCACAAGCUCACCUUGUUCCAUGUGCGAUUACUCCAUUGAAUUCCACUCAGGGUAUUCACAUUUACAUUUUGACUCAAGGCUCUGAGAUUGCUAGCGUACUUUGUUCAUUGCUCAUAAUCACCCAUUUUUCAUACUCGACCUGAAAGAGAAGUUCCAAAUUUCAGAAGAGUUAUGAUAUAUUCAUUAAAAAGAAGCAAAGGUUCCCGUGGUGCCUUAAAAGUCUUAAUUGCUUCUUCGUGGCAUACACUUCUUUCAUCCUGUCCACACUUCAAUCUGUGUCUCACACAGACAUAUUUUGCUGUGUGGUUUCAUAGCUGUAACCCAUAUCACUGGCCAUUAUAAUAUAAUUUCCCCUUCUUGCUAGCCCUUGAGAAGUUCAAAAGGUGACAGCACGUGAGAGGGCCUUUUCUGUGGUGGCUCCUCACCUCUGAAACUUCCUCCCCUGGAAGAUCCAUGUCACUCUUUCACUGCUUGCACUCAGAAGGGCAGUUAAAACAUCUGUUUUUAAUCAGGCUUUGAGCCCUACUAUGAAUGUGAGUGUUUUCUAUUGCUUGUUUAUAAGUUUGUACCGUUGAACUGCUUUUUAUAAAUGCUGCUCUGAUCUCCUUAGGGAGAGAGGGUUGGAUAUAAGUUAUUUUAAAUAAAUAAAUAAAUACAUUUUCCUAACCAGAGGGGGAAAAACACCCUGCAGACACUUAGCAGAGUCUCAUGUCUUGCAGCUACACCAGAGGCUGUACUAAAUAAGAACUAAAUAAGACCCAGUGUUUUUGUCUUGAUAGCUUCCUAACCAAAGGGACCGCAAGGAUCUCUCAGGACUUCCACAAAUCUUUUGUACUAAACAUCUGGAGCAGUUUUCCCUGUUGUUUGGUAUUAAAACAGACAUAGAAAAAAUAAGGCAUUGUGUCAUCUAAUAAACAGUUUUCUCCUAUCUUCACUUUUCAUCUGACAUCUCCAGAGACGAUCCUUUUAUUACUUUUCAGUCAUGUAUGUAAGUCUCUUGUCAGCUCUUUUUAGGCUGAACCAGUCACCAUUUUCCCAAGCACAUUUCAAAAACAUCGUUUUCUGGCAUUUCGAUACAAGACAUAAUAUCGAAGAUAACCCUGAAACUAGCACUAACAAACUCGAAUGUGGGGACUGGUUGAGGUUGGGACAACUUGUGCUGUUUAAACCCAGCUGAAGCAAGGCCUGGAUUAUCAAGUCAAGUACAGUCAACCAUAGUUUAACACUUGUAGGGUAUUCUGUGGUAAUAUUGUGAAUUUUUGAACUUGUCCGUGGAGUAAUACCUGCAGGAAAGGUCCAAACCCAGUGCCCCACCAACUGUGGGAACAUGGGUGACGGUCUUCUCAGUGGUGGCACCACUCAGACUCUGGAAUUCUUAGCACAUUUGUUGUUGGCCUUGUAAUAAAUUGCAAAGACCUUCCUUUUCCAGAGGCUUUUGGCCUGCUAGGUUAGUUAUUUAUUUUCUUGCGCUGCAGUGUUUUAUUAUCUUGUGGUUCUGAAUUUGGUUUAUGCUGUCUGCAGUUUUGAAUCUUCUUUUUCUGUUUAAUUAGAUUUGUUUAAUCUGAAUGCACUACAUUUUCUAUCUUUUUUUCAGUCUGCCUAGUUUAUCUAUCUAUUUAUCAAUCUAUCUGUCUGUCUGUCUGUCUAUCCAUCUAUCUUAAUGCAGAAAAAGAGCUAGAAAGCUUAUGGGCAUAAUUUAAAUAGUAGACAGAAAUGAAGCUUGUGGGAAUUUCUGUCAAUAGACUGCUCUACAUAAAAAAAUAAUUCCACAGCAAAUUAGGAAAGAGUGAAGUUUAUAAAACAGCAGGUGAUAUACAAUAACACCCCACUCCUAAAAAAAGGUGCUGUGAUUUACAUUGUUCCACAGCUAGAAAAAGUCAGGUAGGGCGAAACUUGAAAUGUCUGCUUUCUCCAUUAACAUUUUUCCACCACUGUAUUUUAUUGCCAAUCCAUUCAUUUUGUAAAAUUUAAAACAUGCACUUUUUUUUUUUAGAGUUCCAGACCAUAACUCUCUCUUGGGUGUUCUGGUGACUUUUAUGCUUUGUUCUCGUGCUUUAUGACAUCACCAGAUUCCCUGAGUGGAGUUUCAGAUACUCCAGCAAGUCAUUUGCUUGCUAUUUAAUCAUGAUUCAUUUUCUGUGUGGAAACCUGUCCCAAGCCAUUGAGUGCCUGAAAAAUAAGAACGUAACGUGCAGUUAACCAGUUAUCCCAAGUGCUUGCCAUGUUUUCCGUCAGAAUUCAUUAUGUGGAAGUGCCAUUCCAGUCUUCUUUCUUUUCAGAAGGAAUGUAAUAAUUUAAAGGCAAACGACAAUCGUGUUUGUUUCUUAAAUAUACUUUAGUGCACACUGCUUUUUUUAAAAGGACAGCGGCUGUAGCCACAGUGAUCUGCCAUAAAAAUAAUUUGAUUCAUAGAAUGUGAUUUCAAAGUUCGGAGUGUUAUUUAUAGGCUGCACGGUAAGGAAAGGAAGCAAAAAGUUUCUUAAACAAUGAAGAAUCCAUUACAGUGACAGCAUUCUUUGGAACAUUUGACAUAUUUCCUGCAUAUCAUUACACAUUUGAUUUGUGUGUAUGUGUAGCCUACCCUAAAUUGAAAAAUCAGGUUGAGCAAGACUGAAAAACAACAAAAAAGAUAUAUAGAGAGAUCAAUACAUUUAGACUGAGUGGUACAAUACUGUAGUUUAUCUUUAACCUUAUCUCUGGAAAUAGAAAUUCAGUGAAAGAGAAAGGCCUUGUGAUUAAGGCUGAAAUUCUGCUCAAUAUCUGGGAACAAGUCCCAUUACGUUCAGUAGGGCUUACUUCAGAGUCGGCAUGUAUAAAUUUGCACUGUAAAUUAUUCUACUUUUAAAACAGAAUUUACUCCUUUGCUAACAACACAGGUUUUUAAGACUGUGACAUAAAUAGGGACCUAAUACAGGCAAAAGUCCCCCUCCCUCUUGAUGUAAAUAAGAAAUGCAUCAUAUUAACCAUGUUGGGGUUUGCUUGCUUGCUUGUUCGUUUUUACAAUCAAGCAGUAUAUAAAUUUUAUGCAAUAAAUCACGGAGCUGUGGUUGGGAUGCAGAUAGCCUCUCAACUACUUCUGUGAAAUCAAAGAGCCUUGGACAGUCAAGGGUCACACUUCAGCAUCUCCAGGUAGGCAUGGGAAGGUCCUUUGCCUGAAACCAGUCAAUGGCAACAGUACUGAGCCAGGUGGCCCAAUGGCCUGUCACUUCCUGUGCUCUUAUCCUAGUCUUGGCUAGUGUUACCGAUGCCUGCAAAGAACCACUUAGGACUUUUGCAUCAGUUGUUGUUGUUUAGUCGUUCAGUCGUGUCCGACUCUUCGUGACCCCAUGGACCAGAGCACGCCAGGCACUCCUGUCUUCCACUGCCUCCCGCAGUUUGGUCAAACUCAUCCUGGUAGCUUCGAGAACACUGUCCAACCAUCUCAUCCUCUGCUGUUCCCUUCUCCUUGUGCCCUCAAUCUUUCCCAACAUCAGGGUCUUUUCCAGGGAGUCUUCUCUUCUCAUGAGGUGGCCAAAGUAUUAGAACCUCAGCUUCACAAUCUGUCCUUCCAGUGAGCACUCAGGGCUGAUUUCCUUAAGAAUGGAGAGGUUUGAUCUUCUUGCAGUCCAUGGGACUCUCAAGAGUCUCCUCCAGCACCAUAAUUCAAAAGCAUCAAUUCAGCCUUCUUUAUGGUCCAGCAUCAGUUGUAGUAUUUGGAAAAUUAAAAUUGGUAGUCCUUCCUGUAGCGUUGUUGACAGAUUCAGGUGGUGUAAAUGUUUGAGAUAGAGAUUAACUGCCCUCAGAGUGCAUAACAAAUGAGGUGACACUUUUUGUUCAGUAUCAGAACCGAUUUGGCCUCCACAGAUUAAAACACGUGUCUCUUAAGAGUUGGCAUUAGGUUGGGGGACAGUGUGUGCCAUACAUAAAUGUUGUCUUCACGUGUUAAUGUGCACAAGAUACAGUGGUACCUCAGGUUAAGUACUUAAUUCAUUCCGGAGGUCCAUUCUUAACCUGAAACUGUUCUUAACCUGAGGUACCACUUUAGCUAAUGGGGCCUCCUGCUGCUACUGUGCCGCCGGAGCACGAUUUCUGUUCUCAUCCUGAAGCAAAGUUCUUACCCCGAGGUACUAUUUCGGGGUUAGCGGAGUCUGUAACCUGAAGUGUAUGUAACCUGAAGCGUAUGUAACCUGUGGUACCACUGUACAUUUUAAUAAGCAAACACAGCACUCCCUGCAAACUUUUUCAGCUGCUCCAGCACAAAGAAAGGAGAGCCAUCUGCAACACUGUAUUAUUAAAUGCCAGGUUAUCCUUUUAGUUUGUCUCUCUUUGUAUUCAUAUGCAAGAGGUGGGUGGGUGGGUGGAUGGCAUGGUGGGCAUCCAGUUUGUGUAAAUGCAGGUUUAUAACAAAUGUCCCUAAAAAUCAGAGCAUAAUCCAAGGCGCUGGACUUGUCCUGAGUUGUAAACCAGUCGAGCCAAACCAUACACGCUGCAUUAGCGCAAGCAACAUCUGGUAUUGCUUAGACUAAUCAUGUUUAAAUGCAUUUAAAAGUAGGGGGAGAAGCAUGUGUAAACUGUUAAGAGUAACAGUGAAGUGUAAACUGGUAGGCAAAGGAAACACCAUUUUAUAUAUACACACACAUAUGCAGAGAGCAAGUGAACACAGGAUGCUCAGUAUGAAAAUAUCAAGAUGGCUUGGGCUUCCUGUUAGCAGGCACCAAAAGCAGAUUGCACUUCCAUUUGAAUUCAGUUUCUGCUCAGCUCUUGUAGAUUGUGUUCUUUAGAUUACUUAUGGAGGCUGUGGUCCUAAGCUAACCUGUUAAGAGAGAAAGCCCCAUUGAAUGCAGUGUAUGAUUUACUUCACAGCAAACAUGGCUAUAGCAUGGCAGUGAUGCACUUGGCACUCUGAUAGGAGCACAGCUUGAGACUCCUAUAAAAAAAGUGGGGUAGUUUGCGGAUUGAGUAUGAAUGAUGAGGAAGAACAGUGCUGACUUUGAGACACACACACCCCGCCCCCCCGAAAAGGUCUAGUUGUUAAACAGCUUUGAUAGUUCCAUGUAAAUUACAUUGCAUAAAUACAAAACCUUCAGUUAUUUGACGUAGUUGGGCAGUUAACUGGAUAAACAGGUUUACCAGCAUAUGAAUAUCCUAAAACUGAACUGAACCUCUUCAAAUAUCUGUAAUUGUAAGACUAAGGCCCGUAUUUAUUUGUUUUUAUGAGGAGUGUGCAUAGGGAAAAGAAAUGUUAAGUGGUCCUCUUUCAAGGAUAUUAAGGAAGAUUGUAAGGAAUGUACAAGAAAAUGAACGUAGGGAAGUCUAACUAUCAUAGUUGAUUGAGUCUGAUUGGGUUAAGAUUUUUCAGAAUAAUAGAAUGUUCUGGAUUCAGUAAAUCAUUGAUGGAACAAUGUGUGAUUGUUUUUCAAAAUAAAAUAAAAUAGAUGAAAUCCUUCUCCUGGAAUCAGAAUGGCAUUGCCUGGGAUUUCUAAAUGGGAUUAUACCAAUGUCCCUCCUUUGGUUUCCAGAGAUGCUUCUCAGAUUUCUUUUGGAUCAAGGUUUCAGUUUCACACAUUUUUCAGAAACCCCUUUUCUCAUGUUGAAAGUUUUUUUGUUGUUGAAAAUGCUGGCUGUUGCUUAACAUAUCAUCUGUUAGCUGUUAGCAACUAAAUUCUGAGCAUUAUGACUUCAUUUCACUGAAGUGGAGAAAGGCAAAAGGUUUUGAAAUAGGAGAAAUGGUUUUCCUCAAGACAUGAAAUCUUUACCCCAAAAGAGGAAAUAAAAUUAAGCUAAUCAGCAUUUGGACGAAGUUAGAGUUCAGAGCUGUCAGGUAUAUUCACAUUUGCAUAGCAAAAAUCCAGGUCUUGAACACCUGACAACUACAUGGACUUUUUCCCUUGUCCAAAAUGCUGGGGAUGGGGAAGCUAUCAAGCAAAUUUGGAAUCUUACGUCUUCUUUUUACACACAACAGAUUGGACUAUAAAUGAUUUCUAUGUGUGUGCAUGAAAGGGAUAUGACAUUUGCUCCAAAUCAGUUUUGAUGAUAUUAAAACCUGCGUAAUAGUUCCUCAAGGGUCACGGGUGGCGCUGUGGGCUAAACCACAGAGCCUAGGACUUGCCGAUCAGAAGGUCAGCAGUUCGAAUCCCCGCAACGGGGUGAGCUCCCGUUGUUCAGUCCCAGCUUCUGCCAACCUAGCAGUUCGAAAGCAUGUCUAAGUGCAAGUAGAUAAAUAGGUACCGCUCCGGCGGGAAGGUAAACGGCAUUUCCGUGUGCUGCUCUGGUUCACCAGAAGUGGCUUAGUCAUGCUGGCCACAUGACCCGGAAGCUGUCUGCGGACAAACGCCAGCUCCCUCGGCCAAUAAAGUGAGAUGAGCGCCGCAACCCCAGAGUCAGCCACAACUGGACCUAAUGGUCAGGGGUCCCUUUUUACCUUUAAUAGUUCCUCAAGAAUUUUCACAUUGGACGCUUAAUAUUUUUAAGUGUUUUCUGUGAAGCUGAUCAGUUAUGUUCAUAUCUAUGCUAGGUAAAAAUGGUUUAAAGCAGGAGAGGCCAAUUUUCAGCAGCUUCAGCCAGCAUGGCCAAUGAGUAGAGACAGGGGAGGUCUAACAGCAUCUAGAGGGGGACCACAUUGGCUCUUCUGUUUUAAAGCAUCCGUAAAGAGGCCCUGCUACGUUGUGUUUAUUUGCCCCCCCCCCCAAAAAAGGGUUGUUUGUUUGCUUGUUUAUUGUGGAUGAGGGAUCUCACUGGAAAUUCUUUGUGCACAUUAAAAGUUCCGCCAUGAUUGCUGCAGUUCAACUUUGGUUUAAUUACAGAAAAGGGGCAUUUGUUGGGCAGGGCUUUUUAAAAUCAGAACGCCAGGCGGAACUCCUCGAGCUAGCUGUGAAAGUGCUGCUCAAGGACCCUUAAAAUGGAGCGUGUGCGUGACCACACAAUCCUGUGCACACCUCCUGAGACGUAAGCCCCAUUGAGCUCAAUGAGUUUUGCUGCAAGCUAAAUAGAGAACAGCAGCCUCAGUGCGCAGAACAUAAUGCUUCUCCCUCUGCGCUCCUCAUUUUACUUCUUUCUGUUCUUCACAAGCUUCUAGCCUUCCUCUUAAACCACACUUUCUUCCCGAGUCUGAAAAGGAAGUGGGGUGCGUAGACUUCCCUGAAGGGCCAUUAGGAAACAGGGCUUUCAAAAUUGCUUCCUGCCCAUGGAGAAAAACUUCAUGUUUUUCAAAAACAGGUGUCCCCUGAAAGAGACAGAUAAAGGACAAAUAAAAUGUUCCUUUCAGAUAUUGAAGAGCAACACUUAACACAGACUCUCUGGUUACGAUAUAACUUCUCUGUAUACAGUGGUACCUCGGGUUAAGUACUUAAUUUGUUCCAGAGGUCCGUUCUUAACCUGAAACUGUUCUUAACCUGAAGCACCACUUUAGCUAAUGGGGCCUCCUGCUGCUGCCGCGCCGCCGGAGCACAAUUUCUGUUCUCAUCCUGAAGCAAAGUUCUUAACCCAAGGUACUAUUUCUGGGUUAGCGGAGUCUGUAACCUGAAGCGUAUGUAACCCGAGGUACCACUGUAGUUGUAUCAGAUGUCAAGAGUAAAAAAGGCAAAUUUGUUACUAGUGCAUAAUAAAUACAGUAUUUGUCCCCACUGAAAUUAACAUACAGUCGUACCAUUCCAGAAGUCCGUUUGACUUCCAAAAUGUUUCAAAUACCAAGGCACAGCUUCCAAUUGGCUACAGGAAGCUCCUGCAGCCCGUGGAAGCCCCGGAAGUCACGACGGACGUUUGGGUUCCAAAGAACGUUCACAAACCGGAAACAAUCAUGUCCAGGUUUGUGUUUGGGAGCCAAAACAUUCAACCUGCAAGGCAUUCAACUUCCAAGGAACGACUGUACUUGAUUAAUUUGGGGUCAUUGAUUUCAAUGAGUCUAGUCUGUGAGAGGAAUUGCUAAUAAUAAAAUACUCUCGUAUAUAUUGCGGGGCCUGCUUGAAGCAGAGGGAAGACGAGGUCCCCAUCGUUUUAGCGGUCCCAAAUGUAUGUUGUCAGGAUAAGAUCAAUCUGCCUUCCCAAAGCUGGUGGAGUUGCUUUUCCAUUUCUUUUCUGCAGCCUCUUAGUUCCCUCAGAGCCUCACUCUGUCUCAUCAGUACUUCUUGCUGCACACUGUGGAUUUGGCUUGCUGGCAAGGGAUGCCAUAUUAACCAAUAUUCCAUGCCUGGAUAUUCCAUCUCUGACCUGUACACAUAGUUUAUUACAUUAUAGCUCUGUCCUCCAGAGGAGGGGGGCAUGAUGAAUCCUGAGUGAGAACUUCUGAGUUUAGCUUCAUCUUUUCUGUAUAUGAGAGGAAUAGGAUUGGAUGCUCAGGAUUAAGGUAUUUACCCCUCCAGUGACCUUGCUGGGCUCAAGAUGAACUUGGAGAGAAGUCUCCUUCCAAGGAAGAAAUGUACUGUAAUGUUGCUAGACGAUUGGCGCCAUGAGAGCUUUUCCUCUGGGGUUAACAGCUCCAUGACUGGGGUAUUAGAUAUUGAAACUCCACCCAUUUGCUGUUGUCCCAAUAAAAACCCAGGCCCUCAGACCUGCUCUUGGGGUGUACAUGGUCCGUCCUCCCUCCAGUUUCUCCUUGCAGCAAUGCUGUAAGGUACAGUGGUACCUUGGGUUAAGUACUUAAUUCGUUCCAGAGGUCCGUUCUUAACCUUAAACUGUUCUUAACCUGAAGCACCACUUUAGCUAAUGGGGCCUCCUGCUGCUGCGCCACUGGAGCACGAUUUCUGUUCUCAUCCUGAAGCAAAGUGCUUAACCUGAAGCACUAUUUCUGGGUUAGCGGAGUCUGUAACCUGAAGCGUAUGUAACCUAAAGCAUAUGUAACCUGAGGUACCACUGUACAUUAGGCUGAGAGACAGUGACUGGUCCAAGAUCUCCCCCACUGAAAUCCUUACAGCAACGCUGAAUAAUUAUUAUUCCUUCCCUCCCCAAUAGGGUGCUUGAUGACUCACGGUUAAAUGUUUGAACUGCCUCUCUUGAAAAAUAUUGUGUUUGAGUUGGCGCGAGCCAAUGAACUGAAAGAUUGAUUUGCUGCUCACCAUUUGCAUAGGCAAGUUGUCACUUGAAGCUACAGCCAGUGAAUGAUGGGCACACAUCAAUUCACAAACUAGUACACAGGACCUCAUCAGCACAUGCUGACCUAGCAGGGUACUCCCAAGUACUCCUAAGCCCUAAGAUCUGCCCUGUUGUUAAUAUGCUAUCAAACAUAAAGGAUUGUGUUUUCGUUCCUCCUUGACCUUGGAGACCACUUGGCUUAUGGUAGCAGAGUCCUAUUGGACGCAGGUGAGAAAAGGAGCAGAAGUGGGUUCCUUGGAGUAUUCCAGCAUCUGUACCACUGCAGGUGUUUAGCUCCUAUAAUACACGGCCUUAGGGCUGAUUCAUGUGUUACAAUUCCAGGCAGGAGGUGAUAAUAGCAAAACAAUUUCGCUGCCUUGUCUGGAAUUAUGACAAGUGACUUGACCCUGAAUAUUCAACGCGCAGGGAUGCUGUGAGCAUUAAUAGCGCCUCACAGAAUGACAUUCAAUAUUGAAUUAACUUUCCAGGUUUUUAAAUUAAAAGUUGGUCUGUCAUAAAAAAAUUUUAGCCACACAUGUGUGGAAUCGUGUUAAGUCAUCAACCUAGAGAAACAAAAUACUCUCUCAGUACCGCAUCUUUUAGAAAUAUGACACUGAACAAUUCUUAAUAUCAUUGAUAAAAAUACAUCUGUUGCUGUAGUCAAAGGUUUUCCAGUAAGUGUCAUAACAGGCUUAUCACAGGAAUAUUAUAAAGGUCAGCUUAGCUAGUAUACGUACUGAAGCUAAUCCUUUAUAUCAUGCAAACUAUAGUUUAAUGGUUUUCUUUUUUUCACUAGAAAUUAUUGCCCUCCCUACAUAUUCCCCAAAGCGGGUGUAUGUUACACAUGUAAUCUGUUUUUAUCUGUUAAAGAAUAAAUGAUUAAAUAACACUCAUGCCACUUGAUAUUUUUUAUGUGUGACUGCAUGGUAGACUCCUAAUAAGUAGGCAAAACAGACUACCCAAGAUGCACAGAAUAUGUAUUAAAACAUGAAAAUAUCCAUAGUUGUUUCUGUAUUUCAGUUAGGUUAAAAAACAAUAGUACUUCUGGUUUGAAAAUCUGGAACAUUGUGCAAAAAUUAUCUGGACCCAAAGAUGGAUUAAAAAAAAAAUACAACACACACCAGACAAAUAGUUAUGUAUUAGGUCUUUCCUUAGUUCCCAAUAAAUAAUUUCUCUUAUAUUGGUUUGUUAUCUUUUAGUUUGUCAUCAGAAUAAAUAGGCUGUCAUAUAGGCUGGCAGAUUCCGCAUGCAUGUUUUGCUAUCCAAAUGCAAUGCAUUCUCAGGAAAUUGUUUGUUAGGUGAGCGUUCGCAUAAUGAGUUGACAAUUUUAAUUGAUUCCUACUGGGAAAUUUCUAAUGCAUGCCUGACCAUGAAAUUUUGGCCCCAAAAUUAUGACAAAACCCAGGAAAACCCUCUGAAAUCUUGCAAAGGCAAAGAAGAAAUGCUGUCUUGAUCCUGUUGUGAGACAGGUUUAGUUUUGUACAUAAAUUCUUUUUUAUAAAUCUGGAGGAUUAAUAACGGAGCCAGGGUUGCGUCUCUAUGAUUACAAUCUACUAUCAGGCAAAUAAUACUGUGGUUUGCGACCACGAGAUACUUGGAGAGUCAGGUGGCUGCAUACCUUUUGUCAACUGCUAGAAAAUCAGCUAUAUGCUACGUCGUCCCCUUAUUCACCAAACAAAGGCCAGGUGUUUUUCUUUUGUUUUGAAUUGAGAAAGUCUUCUCUUCCUUGACAGCGGAAAUUCUUGAAUUGGCUGGAAAUGCCGCACGGGACAACAAGAAGGGUCGUGUCACACCUAGACAUAUCCUGUUGGCUGUAGCAAACGACGAGGAAUUAAAUCAGGUAAAAAGAUUUCCCUUUUGAGUCUUUCCUUUCUCUUCUUCACCCAAAGUCGUAAUUCAGAAUAUAAGGAGUAGCUUACAUGAAUGGGAAAUGUAUCAGGAACUCUUCAGGUUGAAAUUGUCACAUAAUCUCCCUGCUCCCUCCUCUGUGCGUUUCCCUUGCCUCUGGUGGCGAGGCGCCUGGUUUCUCCCACUUUCAAAGCCAUUCAGCAUUGCCUGUUUGUUCCGUUUCCAUUUAAGCUGUUGAAAGGCGUCACCAUAGCCAGUGGCGGUGUAUUACCAAAUAUUCACCCAGAAUUGUUGGCGAAGAAACGGGGAUCGAAAGGAAAACUGGAAGCGAUCAUCACUCCGCCGCCGGCGAAAAAGGCAAAAUCUCCAUCACAGAAGAAAACCACAACAAAGAAAACGGGUGGCAAGAAAGGAGCAAGAAAGUCUAAGGUAUGCUUCCAUUUCUUCUACAGCCCAGUUCUACGUUGGUUUAGCUGGAAGCAAACCUCAUUGUGCUUCAUGAGACAAAGUUAGUGCUUGUGUAUAACAUGGAUUAUUUCUAGCUGUCUGGAUGACACUUGAUCCGACCCUAGCUAGUUGCCGAAGCAGCCUGCCAGGUGAGGUGGAGUUGCUGUGCUAGCUUCCUGGCAGUUGGGUCCCAGUUGCUUACUGGGUGGGAGGGAGAGGCAGUGGAGAGGUUGGCAUCAUGAAUAUGUGCUGGUGGAGCCAACCCAGUGUGCCUUCUGGCCUAUUUGCCCCAUGCUGACCUCCCCUGCACCUCUCCUCUCCCUCUCUCUUUCCUGGUAAGCAGCAACAACCCACCUGAUAGAGUAGCUCUAUCUCCCCUCCUGGCAAGCCACUUCCGCCUUAUAAAUGUUACGGAUGACAUGCUAUAGAGAGCAGUGGGCCAUAUACCGUUUGGUCAUUCUGUGGAGGUGAAGGUGAGCACAUUAUAGAUUCUAAAACAUUUAGCUUCCUAAUGUACCCUUUCUAACAGGGAUGGGGAACCUCUGGCUGCAGGCCGCAUUUGGUCCGCCAAGCUGUUUCCCCCAAGCCAUGCCUACCUGCCCCACACCUGACGUCUUAUGCUAGAUCAGUGGCAGGUAGAGAUGUGGCUGCAUUGGUUUCUCAUGCAGCCAAUCGCUGCAGAAGUCUGGCUUGAACUCCCUUUGUCUCAGCUGAUGGGUGAGGAGGUCAGCCCUGCUUGGUUCAGGUAUGCAAGCAAGUUUCCCACAGAGAACUUGCUGGUGCACCCAAACCCUGCAGAAAGCAGCAUUGAUCUUCACACACGUCAGCUGGUGCACAGGGAGUUCAACCUGCUUGGCUGCUCUCUCCCUCCUCCCCUGCAACCCUACAGGCCAAUGUUGACUGGUGAGCAGGACAAUCCACUUGCCAGUCAGCUGACAUCAUUAUGACAUCAGAUGACUGAGAGGUGGGUAGUCCCACUGGCCUGCCCUACAGGGCAGCAGGAUAUAAAGAUCUGGCCCACUGGGACCAAAAGGUUAUCCGCUCCUGCUUUAUACCAUGAUUACAAAAGCAGAAUUCUUCAACAGCUAUCCAAAUAUACAUGGAAACGUAAGAAGCUGCCUUCUUGAGCCAUCUAACUUCACUGGCAGUGGCUCACCACUCAGAUAGGAAUCUUUUCCCAGCCCUGCCUGGGACUGAACCUGGGGCCUUCUUCAUGCAAAGGAAAUUUACACAAAUAAAAGUAUCCUUUGUUGCUUAUACCUUUGGGGAAGAAACAAACACAACAUGGAUUUGCCUUUGACAUCACACCUUUAGAGGAAUCCAGUCAAGAGUAUUGUUUUAGCUAUACGAGAGUCACUCAGCUGAGAUAUGUUGGAGACAGAUUCCCCCUCGCAUUGCUAGAUGGAUGGUAAAACACAUUCCGUAUAGUAAAGCGUAUGGAGUACCAACACAGUGAGAAGUUUUAUUUGUAUCUAAAAUUUGUGGGAAUACAUCUAGCAUGUGUCUAGUCUAGCAGUGGGGGCUUUGCAAACUUGUUCCCUCUGUGGAGUAGCUGCAAUAGAGUAGUAUGCAUGCACUUCAUGAGCAUAUGAUUAGUUGUGCUGUGUUGGUCUGUUUAAUUGUGGAUUUUGCUAACUGAUUGCUUGGUUGAUUUUGACUGAGAAGAAACAGGGAGAAGUCAGCAAAUCAGCAAGCGCUGACAGCACAACAGAAGGCACCCCGACAGAUGGCUUCACCGUCCUUUCUACAAAAAGUCUAUUCCUUGGGCAGAAGGUAGGUUUGUGCAAUAUGUUCACAGUUUUUAAUAGUACAUAGCUAAAUAGAUAUACAGGAUUGCAUCCAGUGCUUGUCCUGCUCAGAGCAGACCCACUGAAGCUGGUAAGCUGGCACACUUAGGCUUAUCAGUUUCAUUGGGUUUACUCUGUGUAGAAGUUAGUUGGGUGCAACACACAGUAUUACGUAGGAGGGACUUCCUUGCUUCUUCAAUGGCUUGGCACACACCCAAUUUCCCCAUUCUCCCCCACCUGCUGUGAUUAACACAUCUGGUCAACUAUCCUCUUGGAAACAAUGGAAUCUUAUAUAUAUAUUUUUGAAGAUUGCACUCAUUGUUUCUACAGUACACAUAGCACCAAGUGUUGGGGGGUGAGGGAGAGAAAAAGAGGGGGGAGUCCAAAAAAGAUUACUGUCUAAAUGUAGACAAACAGGAGAAGGAGAAGGAGACAUGAAGAUAGCAAUGGAUGACUAUGGGCAAAUGCAGCCGCACGUAAUUAAAAAUGUAGUUACAGGCAUGAAUGGGGAUUCAGGGGUUAAGCCAAAGGCCUCACAGAAAAUAUGGGGUUUCAGUAGCAAUAUGAAAGGGGAGGAAGAAGUGGUAACACAUAAAAGUUCAGGAAGCCAUGCUAGGGAGCCAGGAAGGGGAAAUGGGUGCAACGAGGCUUCCCUGCUCCUUCCCAAAAUCUGCUCUGGAGGAUCAGGAAAACCCCCCAGAAGAGUGUGUGAGGGGAAGGGAAGGGAGAGCUAUCGGGCAAGAUGGAAAUCUAUUCAUCUUAGCACUACGUUGAAUCCCCUCCAUGGUGCCCAGCAAGAAACCUCUGAGUGGUUGGUAGUAGUAGAGGGGAAGGAGCUGAGGACAUGGGGGAAAGGUGUAAUGGGAAAGAAAAGGAGAAAUAUAUUGUAGACAGAUGCUAUAGAGAGCUUUAAAAGGGGCAUCAUGGAAUCAGCAAAGUAAAGAAUUCUGGUGGUGGAGUUUUGGAUAGAUGUGAAAAGGCUGACUAGUGAAGGAGAGGGAGGAAUAAAUAAAUAGACGAAGCUAUGUGCCUAGCCAAAAAGGUUAAUAGUGAUAAUGACUGAUGCUGACAUCCCUGGAUGCAGGUGGUCACCAGAGGAGCACACUUAGCCUCCUAGUUGAAGGCAACAGCAUGUUCUGUGAUUUAAAAAGCAUCUGCACAUGACAGCGUACUUGUUUUAGCGAACUUGUGCUGAAAAUGAAAUGGCUUUGCUAUAUAGUCAUCUGUGUCUGUAAGGCCCUGUUGAUAUGGCCCCAGUAAAUUAAAUUUUGGAGAAAAAUGCCAGGUGGCAUUGCACUAAUUAAUUCAGUAAAUACGUUUGUGGUCUUUCAUUCCAAUAUGCCUUACAAUUUAGCUGGCGUGCAAUAUGUGUUUUCCAAGCAUGGUUGCCAGUUAAUGAUAAUUUAGAGAUUUUUGCAGGGUUGGAGGCAUUUGCAAUGAGAUUGCUUAACCCUUCUUCCACCUGCAAGCAUCCUCCAAAGUAUUCCACACACAUUCGAGCUAACUCCUAAUACUGGAAAUGCCCAUGCAGAGGAGGAAAAAAUUUUGGACAGUGAUUGGAAGGAAAAAUCAGUGGUGGGAGAAGGGUUAAGCAGCUCCCCUUCCCAGCCACCUCCACAAAGGCCUAUCCCUCCUGCGUUAAAAGUUAAGAGGCAAAUGCAGAAUUGGAAACCCUGCAAUUGCCUUGUAAUAUCAUGUAGAUCCGUUCUUAUUGCAUGAACCAAAACACUCAGGAAAGGUUUUAGAAACACCCUUCAGAAACUUGAUUGUAUGUCUGUGUUACAGUGAGAAAAUGCUUUAAAGUGGGGUGUUACAUGUUCAGUUACAUAAAUCACAAAAUGAUAUGUUCCUUUUGCUGUCUUACCAGGGGCGCGCUUUCUUCUAGCUAAUUAUUAUUUCAUAAUGAAUAAUAGUCCCUUUCCCCAGUGAAGAAAGUGGCUUGGAAGGCGUGUUUAUAUGUGCAUCUAACCUCCAAAGUCAUGUUUUUCAUUUGGAAAUGGAGAAGGUUUAGGGAUUUGCACUGAGAAAUGCUAACAUUUUGUAUUUGUUGAUAUUUUGUAUGUCUAUUACCUGCGUGUUUUUUUGUUCUACUGAAGAAAAUAUUAUUUUAGUACUUUGUCAAGCUUCAUCUGCCACACAUUAAAAACUACAUUUGGUUCUGGUUACAACAGGCUGGUCUAUGAAUAUAUUAAGAAAUUGAGUCCCUUGGGAAUUCUCACAAGUUAGCAACAUGAAGUAUCUUCAUUCAAUGUCUGAUUUUUGCUCUCUCUCUGCCAACACCAGUUGUGCCAAUGCAAGACUCAAACAGUAGAGUAUGAGAAAACAUAGAAAUUAUUAUAAGUGCAUGAAGUAAUUCCCAUAGAUUCUGUUUAAAAACAGGCCUUGGCAUAAUUCAUUCCAAUUCAGAAUAAAUACAUAUCUUACAUUCGAAAACUGCAGGAAUAAUUUUUGCACACACAUCUCUGACUCCCAAGCCUGUAUUCUGAUUCUCCAUCUGCACUGCUCCCUUCAUUUCAGUUGACUCCUUACUUCCACUUUGAAGGCUGGGCUGCUCCCCACAGCAUGUCAAUGCUUUUUGGCACUUUGUAUUUUGUUUGCAUUUGAAAAACGGCUAUUUUAUUUUUCUCACUUCACAUUGACAAAAAAAAUAAAUUGGAAUAAGUAGUAAUACAAGAGGGGACUUUGACAGGUGGGUGGCCCUCCCCACCUGUCAAUCAUGUGACUCACAAUGGCUUUGUGUCAAAUUUGGCCCGCAAGGCAGUUCCUGAUAUGGAUCUGGCCCAUGGAGCCAAAAGAGUUCCCUGCUCCAAAGAAUGUAAGGUACAAAUCAUGUAGGGAUUUUUAAAAGUACAAAAUUGGGAGCCUAUGCCACAUAAACAUUCCCAUUUGAAGAUUUAAUCCCAGGAAGGUUUUUUUUAAAAGGCUUCACCUGAAAGAUUAUUCUGAAAAUACCAUCAAGAAGGCACCAGGAAAGACUCUUGUAGGGAGGACAUUCCAUAACUGGGGGGUGCCACCACUGACAAGGCUCUCUCCCUAGCAGCCACCCACCUCACUUUACUUGGUGGGGGCUUCCCUACCAAACUGACUCGUGUGAAAGCUCUUAUACUUGGUCUCCUGCAGCAUCCUGCCAAGUAGAAAGGGGACAUUGUCUUAUUUUGGUUACCCAUUUAUAGAGAGUUUAUGUGCCCAUUGCACACUGAGUUCAUUGGGGCUUGAUUCCCAGAUAAGAGAGCAGUGCAGCCUUAAGAUAUAUCCUUAUUGAAAUUACACACACAUGCAAAACCAUCCCUUCUCUUCCCUACCCACCAUAUGCAACAGUGAACCAAAACGUCCAUUGGUUGCAUGUCAUUGUAAGCAGAUCAGAUAUAUGCCAUGUAAAAUGAUUGCUGGUAACUUCCUGUGGUUGCAGUAGCAGGUAGUGGGGUGGGAUGCCACCGCUCAGCAGACCUCAGGUUGGUUGCUGCUACUUAUUUGGGGGCAGAGGGAGAGAGGCGAAACCAGGGUGGUGUAAACACACUAGCAGAGAGAAUCCAGCAGUCCUGCCAGGGGGUUUGCACCACACCAGCCUCACUGCUGCUUUACCCCUCUAGGCAGUCAUGACAUGACCAAUCAGAGUUGAAGAAAGCGCUAGUGCCCCAACAUCCACUACUGCCCGGUAGGAAGCCAGCAGAGGUGCUAGGGACCGGACAUCCCAGCCUCUUGCCGGCUCAUCCCCAUCAGGCAUCAAAGCUUGGCAAGUUAAAGCUCUGACCUGACACAAGUGCUUCCUUCCCAUGUACAGAAUCAUGUCCGAGUCUGGAGUUUGAAGCAUAUUCCAUUUUGUUUGUUUACCAGUUAACCUGCCAUUUAUUUCUGCACCUUUGUUUGCAGUGAUGCCACCCCCACCUGCGUUGCAAGUCUUACUUUUCUACAGCUUCUCUGUGAUUUCCCAACUGUCCUGUCGUUAUUUCCCACCUCAUGCUUUUCUUUUCAGCUGAACCUUAUUCACAGUGAAAUCAGUAAUUUAGCCGGCUUCGAAGUGGAGGCCAUUAUCAAUCCCACCAAUGCUGACAUUGACCUUAAAGAUGAUCUAGGUAAAUGGGGAAUGGGCUGCCAUAACUAACAGUCACAUGGAAAUUAUGGAAUGCUCACACUACUCUCAUGUAAUAAAUGCAAGAUUUUGAAAGCCUCAAAAUACAUAAAAGGGUGGAUUAUUAUAUGUGACUCAUUAACUUAUUGUUCCAUAAUAAUCAAAUGUGACUGUUGGUUCUUUUGGGGAUGUUUCGUAUAUGGAUUCUUUGGGAGCUAAAACGGUUAAAUAUCCGUCAUCAAAAUAAGUAGUUUCUCCAUUCUGAUUAUUCUUUUCAUUGAAGUAGGUAGGGAUAGAAACUGAUAGUGAGAGAUAAUGACCUAAUAUGCUCCUCUGCUUCCUUCCCUGCUUUUAAUUCAAUCAGCUUCUUGUUCAGUUAUAAACAAAUAUUAUUUUAAUCUUACAUUGUUGACACUACCUGUAUUUUUAAAAAAUGCUUUGCUCAAAAAGAAAGUUGUCUUGUCGUUCAAAGGACAUACAUUUAAUAAUAAUAAUCUACGUGGUUUUGUGGAGUAGCUCAAUCUUCCCUAACCUGGUGUAGGUGUUUUAAACUACGACUCCCAACAAGCAGAGACAUGUAAUCCAGAACAUCUGCAGGGUACUACGUUGGGGAAGGGUGCAAUAGCUUAUGUUUACCUUAAUUGCUUAUAGGUCAGUAUACAACACUUUGUUCUUUUUUUAAAAAAAAACCCAGACAGUUAACAACACAUAAAUACUAAUACUUUUUAAAAAAAUAUUAAAAGCCAAUAAAUACAGCACAGACUACAUUUAAAAUGACCAGAUGUCAAUGACCAGUGAAGGCCUGUGUGAAUAAAUAUAUCUCCAGGAGGCGCUAGAAACACUGCAGAGUUGGCACCUGCCUUAUUUUGCUGUGUGCAGAGGAGGAGAUUACUGUUUUUAAUGAUUCCACAAGUUUUUAAUAAUUUCUUAAUGAAACAGUGAAUUUGAUUUUGACAACCUGAUGAUUUUUCUCAAUGCUAGUAUGUGCAUCAGUAGACAGAGGACACAAGAAAGUUUUACUUAGACCAGUCUUCACCUAACAUAUUUUGUGGUUUUUCCUUAUCUUUGAAAUUUAAACAAAUUAUCGAAGUGAAAGUGAUGAACAGAUUAUAAAAUAUUAAAGAAUAAAUUUUAUCAUAACUUCAAAUAAUGUGGUCUUAGGCUGUAAAUUAAAACACACCCACCCACCCACACACACACACACACGUUUCUAAUUUCAGACAAGUUUUACGACAGGCACCAUCCAACCAAAGUUAAGCACUUUCAUAACACAAUCCUAUACAUGUCUACUCGGAAAUAAUUCCCAUUGAAUUCAGUGGGGCUUAUGCCCAGGUAAGUGUAUAUAGGAUUGCAGCCUUAGUCCCAUUGGGGGACUUUGGGAAAAUUCAGCAACUCAGUAUUUUCAAGAGACCCGCAUAAGUCGACUGGAUCAUGGCUUACCCCCCAGUAUGUCUAGGUAGUUGUGUACAGAAAAAUGCAAAUAAUCAUCAAACUGGAGAAGCUAGUUGUUUUGUUGGGCUGGAUUAUCCAGGUAUUGGAUGUUGUUACCACAUUCCGUAAGAUUCCAGUUUCACAGGUUUCGGCAAAGUCAAGAAGGUUGUAGCUGCUGUUGACACAUGCUGAAACGCUUGCCUUGUCCUUGUCCUGUCGGUCAGCUGCUAAAGUUGAUGUAUUUGAUACUUCUCUGCUUCCUCCUUACAUUUCCCCCUUUUCUUCGCAUACACCUGUACAAAGAUUUUUGGGGUUUGGUUGUUAUUGUUAAUGGCACACAUUUUGAAGCCCAAAGGUAGGAUAACGAGGAAAUGUAGAUCCUGUUUUGGGUCUUUGACCAACAUGGUUGAUGCACAUUUGUUUACCUGUUGUAGUUGCAAGUUGUUCAGGCUGACAUUGCCACGAUCGACAGUGAUGCUGUCGUUCACCCGACAAACUCUGACUUCUACACCGGUGGUGAAGUAGGUAAUGGAGAGUUCGGUGCCGCAGAGUUUGUAUGUGUAUGCAUGAACCAAUCAGCAGCAACAAGCUUGCCCCUGCCCUGCGGAUCGGCAUUCUUUUCUCACUUCCAGCAGUCCUGCCCUGUACCGAGUAAAGUCAGGGCCAAAUUGGUUAAAUGCAAGAUGCCUGUCCAAUCAAGACCUGGACCAUCACUUCGCCUCACUGGCUUUGUUUUCCUGUGCAAAGCACAUUGAGGUUAAUAUUAUGGAAGAGGGAGAAAAUAGUCUCUCACUAAUAACAGAAUUGAGGGACGCGGGUGGUGCUGUGGGUUAAACCACAUAAGCCUAGAACUUGCCGAUCAGAAGGUUGGCGGUUCGAAUCCCCGCGACGGGGUGAGCUCCCAUUGCUCGGUCCCUGUUCCUGCCAACCUAGCAGUUCGAAAGCAUGCCAGUGCAAGUAGAUAAAUAGGUACCGCUCUGGCGGGAGGGUAAACAGCGUUUCUGUGUGCUGCUCUGGUUCGCCAGAGGCGGCUUAGUCAUGCUGGCCACAUGACCCAGAAACUGUACGUCAGCUCCCUCGGCCAAUAAAGCGAGAUGAGUGCCGCAACCCCAGAGUCGGCCACGACUGGACCUAAUGGUCCAGGGUCCCUUUAUCUUUUUAAUAACAGAAUUGGAGAUCUUUAAGACACAUUCAUCACAACUACUCAUAAUUAUUGGGGGAGGGGUGUACAGUUCCACUGAUGUAGUCAAUUUAAAGCACUCUUGAAGGCCCAUUUAACUCACUAAAUUUCCCACAUGCUUUUUAAAAGAGGUAUGUAGAGGGGGUCCACAAAAUACUCAAAAGAUUCUGUUUCUUGUCUCAUUAGGCAGAUGCCUGAUUUUUCAGGUACAAAAAGCACACCUUUACACAUUUUUUUAGGAAGCCACCCUCACUUAACUGGCAAGCUUGCUGCUUUAGAAACCCUGCAAUUUUUCAUUAGCCUGCUGGGCCCUAUUUCUGAUACUGCUCUUCCCACACGCUCCAAAGGCCAUGUGACAUGUGGUCCUAACUGGCUUACAAAAUUGCACAUGGAACAGCAUAGGCAAAAAUGCAUCCUAAAUAAUAGGCUCAGCUAAGUUAGUAAUGCCUAUUCCCACUGAAACCAAUGUGAAUAGUUAGUUAUUAUUUCAUUGGGAUCCAAAUGAGACUAAGUUGGUCUAGCCAAGCCCUUCAUUUCUAAGAACUGCAAGUUUGCGUUAACCUAGCUUGCCGUACAUCAGGAAAAUUCCUGACAUGUCCUGGUUUUCAGGUGUAAAAAUGGUGUUGGGGGGAAUUUUGUAAUGGAAAACCCAGGUGUAUGGCAAUGUGAUGGAAAAAGCAGCGGAAGCAGCCCAAAAAACUGAAAAUCACUAUUUUGGGGUUAGGUGGCUUUCUUAAAAAAAAGAAAAAGUUCAACAAUUUUUGGUGGUUUCCUUAAAAAAAACCAAAAAAACCUCUUCGGGUGUCAGGAAUUUUGCUUUUUGAAAUAUGACAACCUAUAAUGAAGAUAUGCCUUCAUGUCAAGUCUCUAGUUGUGGAUGGGGAACCUGCGUUGUUUCAUUCAGUAGCACACAAUCUUCUAAUUCCCUUUGACUGCUGGAAGGAAGAACAGAAGUGCACACAUGCUUAGCUUCAAAUGAUUAACUUUUAUCCAUAAAGGCCUUCUAACCACAUUAUAUUUUGGGGGAAUAGUGCAACAAUUUUGCAGACUUGAAUUUCUGCAUAGCCUGUAGUCACCAUUUUGCCAAUGCCUGCUUUGUCAGCAUGAAAUAAUGACUUUAUUCUGUGGAAGUAACACAUACAUUUAUGCCUGUGAUGAGUAAGGAACCAUUUAGCUGCAAGGUGCGAAGCUAAUGUAGUGUAAAGAGUUAAUACACUAUUCCCAUUUCUUAAGUGCAACUAACCAGCAGUGGUACAGUACAGGUAGGGCAUGCCUUUCCAGUUUAAAUGUUCCUUCUCCAUUUUAAAGUAACACCAUAAACAAAAAUGUUUAUCAGGGUUAGCAGAUCUGAAUAAAUCAUUAAAAGGCAGCCAAUUUCCAAUUAUUUAUUAUAAUACUUUCAACCAGUGCUUCCCCCCUCCUAGAAAAACAGGUGCUCAUACUCACCUUGAAGUGAGUUUUUUUAAGCCCCCCCAAAAAACUUUUUAAGCUCCCCAAAAAAACUUUUAAAGCCCCCCCAAGACAUUCCAGUCCUGUUUAUCCUUGAGUACCCCCUGAAAAAGCACUGCUUUUAACCACUGUGGCAGUGCCAUUUGACUUUUACAUCUCUAAAGCUAAUACAUAUAAUUGAUAAACGUAUGCACACAGGCAAAGGUAUAAGCAGUUUAAAGGAAGAACAAAUAUCUGUUCUCCCGAAUGCUAUUAAUCAGUGUUUAAACAAUCCAUAGAUGGAGCUCAAUAAAUGCAAGUUUCAAUAAUCAAACCCAAACUUGACAAAAACCAUUUAAUGAAACUUAGAUUAGAGCCUUCUUAUAGGGCAAAACCUGGACGCGGGUGACGCUGUGGGUUAAACCAUAGAGCCUAGGACUUGCCGAUCAGAACGUCAGCGGUUCGAAUCCCCGCAACGGGGUGAGUUCCCGUUACUUGGUCCCUGCUCCUGCCAACCUAGCAGUUCGAAAGCAUGUCUAAGUGCAAGUAGAUAAAUAGGUACUGCUCCAGCGGGAAGGUAAACGGCGUUUCUGUGCGCUGCUCUGGUUUGCCAGAAGCUGCUUAGUCAUACUGACCACAUGACCCGGAAGCUGUACGCCGGCUCCCUCGCCCAAUAAAGCGAGAUGAGUGCUGCAACCCCAGAGUCAGUCAUGGCUGGACCUAAUGGUCAGGGGCCCCUUUACCUUUAAUUAUCUCUUAAGAGAGUACCAUAAACCUCUGAGCUGAAACUCGUUCCAUAUUCUUUACGAAGUAGAAUAAAAUGAAUUAAUACCUUGUUAGAAGUCUGAUAAGAUUAGUCUGUGUCGUCAAGCAAAACAUAACACAUCUUCAGUAGCGUAUGCAGAACUCUUCUUUUGAGGCACAAUCCCAAAUCCGAAAGUAUUUCACUGAGCAUACAAUGUGUGCACUUCCAUCAGAAACUGCAGUCCCCUUGUCUGUAUGACUAAAGUUAAUUCAUUUCACAAAGUAUGGCAGCAUUGUGGCUUUUAAUACUAACAGCCCAAUCCUAUGCAUGUUUACUUGGGUGUAAGCCUUGCAGAGUUCAGUAGUAAGUGUGUGUAGGGUUGCAUCCUUAAUACCACAGCCUAUGACCCUGAGCACUUGAAAGUUCCACUGAAAGAAGCAUUUUACUUCCCAAGUAAAUAUGUUUACAAUUAGGCUGCAGGAAUCAGUUUGCCAAGCAUCUGUCUCAAUCCAGAACCCAAUGUCAUCGUUUCCUUGCCUUGCUACUUGUACGACCUUUAAGCAAAAUGCACUGUGGUUUGGGUGCUUAUAAUUAGGAAAAAAAACAUUUUUUUUUUGAGCUACUUUAUAUUUCUUCUGUGUUAAAGUAAAAGCUGCAAAAUAAGAUCUAAACCAUUUAGUGGUGGACUGCCUUUGUGCAAACCUCAGGCUGUAAUUGAAAUUGUGCAGCUCCCGUCCUACACAAGAGCAGCUUUUGUCAAGCUUCUUUAGCCGCAGUUAAGCGAUUCAGCAGAGGGAUAUGUUCCCUAGAGAAUCUCCUUAUUACUGAGGCUCUUCCUCUUGGUUAAAGGUGGUUCAACAAGCUGGGCAGUUGUCAAGUAAAGCAGCUCGCUGCACUCACAAGACUGUUUCACUCCCGGGGGCCAUCUGUUGGGGUCAGGGAUGAAGAUGAGGUGAGUUUCAAGUUCUUCUUAUGGCAAACUUGUCUUUAAAGCAAUCUGUGUCAGAAAGGGGAUCUCGCCCUCUAAGGGAAAAAGUUGGUACAUCGAUCGAGUGGCACUGAAUGAGCAUGUUCUCUGGAACAUUGUCUGUUGCCUGGUGCAGACGAAGGCGCUAGGGAUGUCACCGCCCUGCUGGCCGACAUUGAGAAUUGCAUCAGAAAAUACUUUCAGACAGAAUGAAAAUGUGUGGGAGGGUGAUCUUAAAAAAACAACAGAGAGAAAGAGAGGGAGAGAAUAGUUAUUCUGGACUCGUCCCCAAAGGUUUAGAUCUUACUUUGCAGUCCCCAAAAUCUUUUUGCUCGGAGAAAUUAUGCCAUGUAAUUGCCUGAAGUGAUGAAUGCUCUCUCUUGGAUGCGGAACAGUCACAACUCUAUCCUUGUGCAGGGAGCACUUUGGAGAAGAAAGGCGGAAAAGAAUUCCUGGAGGCCGUGGUCGAACUUCGCAAAAAGAACGGGCCAUUGGACACAGCUGGAGGUGCAGUUUAAAUCCCUGAGAAAUCGGGGUGGGGGGGGUGUGAGCGAAAUGUGUGUAUCAUAGACUCCCAGUUGGCCUUUGCAGAAAUUCCUUAUGGAAGAGUUACCUGUGUACAUAGUUUUAACCUAUCCGUAGUAUGUGCAUUUAUUCAGGAUUCUAUGCUCACGUGGGCAUCAGGGUUUAAAGAUAUUAGAAACACAUGGGCACUUAGACAUUGUCUAGAACAGCUUUUUCCAACCUGGUGUUGUGGACAGUAACUCCCAUUGGUCCCAUCCAACAUUGGAUGGGGCUGAUGGGAGUUGUAGGCCAAAACCUUGGGAGGGCACCAGACUGAGGGAGGCUGACUGAGUAUCAGCAAUUGAACCUACAGGGGAUGUUGUGUUGUACCCAAUUUUAAAGUGGGGGGAGGUAAUUAAGUCAUGUGUUUCACAACCAUGUGCUCAGAUGGGAGUUGACCAUGGAGAACUGCCGUUCACGUAGUUCCAUUCAGUCCACUGGAAUUUAAGGAUUAAAGUAGUAACUAUAUACAUGCUUCACUAGUUCAGCCACAUUUGCAUUUUUCAAAACGUUGAGAAGCUUGAAGUAAGCCAUACUUAACUUUCCUUUUCCAACCAGCUGUCGUCAGUGCAGGCCAUGGAUUGCCUGCUAAGUUUGUGAUCCAUUGCAAUAGCCCCAGUUGGGGUGCAGACAAAUGCGAGGAGCUAUUGGAGAAGACAGUGAAGAACUGCUUGGCUCUGGCAGAUGAGAAGAAGCUGAAGUCAAUUGCGUUUCCUUCUAUUGGAAGUGGCAGGUAAGGCUGGCCUGUUAAACAAAACCCUAUCAGAUUUGGGGUGGUUUUGUUUUGCUUUGGGCUUUAUGCACCUUUGUGUUCUGCCAUCCUCUUAAUCCAGCCAGGCAAAAACAUUUAAGAUGGGUGCAAAGCAGGGACUGUGAGAGAUGUGGGUGUGGCUGGGGAGGGAAUGUGACUUGAGAAUCCUGAGUCCAGAUAUAUUCCAUGAGGGAAAAUACUUGUUGGACCAUCUCUGCUACUGGUGACUUCUUCCAGAGUUCAAGGCAGGUGGCAGGUAUGUUUUGCUGCGUGCUCCUUGUUAUAAAGUAAUGUGUGAAUGAUAGAUGUCAACUUUCCACAACAUGCUGACCUCUGGAUCUUUUGGGAUACCUCUCUCGUCACCCCUGGCCACUAUCUAUGCUGGUUGGAGACAGAAGAAGUGGCAAUCAAAAAUAACUAGCUUGGGGAAAGCUGGUUUUUCAGGAGAGUGCUUCUUUCCCUUUCCUCCAGUCUCCCUCCCAGUAAGCAGCAGUGGAAGAAAGCUAGUUUUGCAUUCACCCAUUCCAGAACUGUGAAAGCAUUUUCCAAACACUCUGUAUCUCUCUGUUCCUGCCCACUUUCAAGACUGGCUGGUCAGUCUUGGAAGUGCAGGCUGAAAGAGCUUUUUCACUUUAGGCAGGAGCCAAAAUAACAAUAUUAAAAGAAUGCAUAGAUGGCAAAUAUGGCAAAAACACAUUUGAAGAGGUACUGCAAUCUGAAAAAUGGCGCUGUACUGUUUGCUUGAUGGGUGGUGCCAACACUAGCAUUUUUUCAAGGGAAUAGGCUACUUUUCAAAGGUUGACUCAUCUUAGCGUAGGAUGUUGUCUUACACUGAGUCAGACCAUUAGCUCAGCAAUGCAGCUGUUUAGGGCUUCAGUCAGGACAUGCCAAACCCUACCUAGAGAUGCCAAGGUUUGAACCAGGGAUCUACAUAGAAAGCAGAUGCUCUCCCGUUGAAUUACGGCCCUUCCUGUCAUUGGCUCCUUCACAGAGCUGUUUUGACCAAAUUCUAUCAAGUGCGGAGGGGCAUGAAGGUCUCAACUUUAAAACAAUAGGAAAAGGAGACAGUGUUUAGUAGUGUGUGAUGGAAGAGAAGUUUAAUAUUUAAAUGACAGAGGUCACUUUCAAUGACAAGUGCGUUCCUUCAAAGCAUGACAUGCCCAUCUUGCUAUUUCAGUUUACAAGUUUUAGGAAGUAACAAACCUAUUUUAAAACAGGAACAGUUUCUAAGGCUAGCAUUUUCUCUCUGAGCCAGCACGGGUUGUGGGACAGGCAUCUGUCAAGCAGACACUCCUCAUUAAACCUUCAUAAACAGCCCCAUUCAUGUUUAUGACUGAAAAAUGGGUUUACAUGGGCAUGAGAUAGAUCGAUAUUCCCUUUUCAGUGGGAGGAUUAGACCAUUUAUAGCAGUUAGUCUGCCAGAUGCUGUAAUAUACUGGAGCUAACUUAUCUAGACCAAAUGUGUAAGAGAUCUCUGGAAAAAAUAGUUGUAAAGUUCUGUAUACCAGAACUAAAAAAUAAUUACUAUGGGUAGUUCGGAUUUCAAUAUCAGACCUUCUUUUAGUGCAAAAUUUCAGCAUUAAAUAAUAUCUGGUUUCCAUUUUAGUGUCUGUCUCCCCAAAACCCUCAAUACCCUAUCCCAAUCACACAUUGACACAGGUAUGGCUGUUCGCCCAUAACCACAUACACACAUCUCCGUACGAGUGAGAAGCAGUUCUGUAAAACUGUAACAUGAGCCUGCCUUAUUGAGAUAUCCCUAUUAGGACAACCAAGAAUUCAUUUUUCUCCUAGAAUAUACAAAUACAGGUUGAAAUGUUUCAGAGGUAAUCUAACAAAGCUUGAGUUAAAAUUAACAUCGCAUCUGCAUAAACAAUAUAUACUUCUGCAAGUUUCUGUGGGGCACACUAGAUGCAAUGCCAUUUGUGCAGUUUGCAAUUGCAUGAGUGGCUUAUUAGAAGCAAAUGAUAGGACCCUGGCACCACGCUGUGGGCUUUAACCCUUUCCCUCCUCCCACUGUGGUCCUGAUCAAUACACCAAUGUAAACAUUAAGCAUGCCAAUGGGGAGGAAUCCAGGGAUGUCAAUGAUUUAAAAAACAAACCAAUCUGCCACACUAGGGAUCUGAUCCCUGUUGGGGGAUCUUGCACUUCAAAAUGCCCAUUUUUUGUCUUUGCUAAUUGUAUGAAUAGCAUCUCAUCUAAUUUGGCACUCAGUGAAUCUUGACAUCAGACCCAUGUCUUUUAGUCAUCAGACUUUCCCCCUAGGACUUGCAACCUAGGCAUCCUGCUAUAGAAGCCUGGUUACAAUUUGGUAAUAUAUAUGGCAAAUAAGUGUUCUUUGGAAAGUAUGGUGUUGCAAACGGCAAGCUUAUUGAGCCAACGUUAUCUUUUUUUCUUUCUCCCUAUUUUCUCCUAAUAGGAAUGGUUUCCCAAAACAGACUGCUGCCCAGCUGAUCCUGAAAGCCAUUUCCAGCUAUUUUGUGUCAACAAUGUCCUCUUCAAUCAAGACCGUCUAUUUUGUGCUCUUUGACAGUGAGAGUAUAGGGAUUUAUGUGCAAGAAAUGGCCAAGUUAGAUGCCAACUAAGUCGUGAAAGCAAAGAGUCCCUGCCUCCUUGCCCCUCCCCCUCCAAUUCUUUAUUCCUCAUUGUGAGACAGAGCAGCCCUUAUUUUAAAUUUUGCUCAUCUAGGGGAAUAGAGGUAGGGCUUUUUUGACUUUCUAAAAUGUUUUUAUGUUGGCACUGAUAGUUGGCAUUACUGCUGUUGAUGCACUGUAUUCCAGGCAUUGUCUGAAUUUAGUGUAAUCUAGGAGAUUUUAUAGUUUUAUUUUAAUGAAGUACAGAUUGAUGCAGAAGUUGUUAGCAGUACAUAGUCUGUUAAUCGUGGAAGAAACCGGCAGACCCUAUUUUGUAACUGUGUUGUGGUGCUUUAUCAAGUGGCGUUCCUUUCUCGUUUUUUUAAAAGAAGAAGAAAAGAUGCUACACAUCUUAUUUGUGUUUACGUCUUGUCCCAAUGAUGGAUCUGAGGAGAAAAGAACCCUGUUGCCCUUAAUUAUAAUUGCAAUUUGGGAUUUGUGUGAAUUGAUUUAGUAAAAUGUUUAAAAUGUUCUCGUUGGUGUGUUCUGAGUUAAUGGGUUGCAAGCCUCUGACAAAUACGCACCAACAGCUGUCCGAUGUGAACUUGAAUGAACAAACAAUGCACUUGUCUUUCAAUAUAAAUAAUUACUAAUCAAGUACUAAUUGAUUUAGCUCUUAUUAUGUAAAUGUGCAAAAACAUCCACAGGGUUAUUCUGCAUUAGUUUCCAAUAUUCUAUGGCCCUUGUUCCAAGAGGAUUCACUUCCUUAUGGGCCGUGAGACAUUUUUGUUUCAGGUCUGGCUUCCAUGUUUGCCUUGCUGCCUCCUUGACCUCCAUUACACAUACAGAAAGCUUUGCUGGAGCCACCCAGGCAGCUAGCCGGUGACAAAUUGGUUUUUGCACACCCCAAAUUUAGCAAAAAGUGUGCUAGAAUGUUGGGCAUUUUGGAAAACUUCAAGAACAAUCAGAGAAUGUAAUUUAAGAGUUAAGAACAUAAAAAAAUCCCUGCUGGACCUAAAGGGGUUUGUGUAAUCAUGAGGUGGAGAACGUGUGGCCCUCCACAGUUUGUUGGACUACCUGACCACUGGACACCCUGGCUGGUGCUGAUGGGAGUUGGAGUCCCACAACAUCUGGAGGGACAUAGGUUACCCACCCCUGACUAGCCCAACAUCCUGCCUCAAUCAAUGGCCAGCCAGAUGCUACUAGGAAACCUACAACAGAGCUGUUGAACUGGUUGUAGGGAACAGGUAAGCAUGAAAUAACUGACCUGCAGGAUCAAACCAAAUGCCCUUAAUCUAGUCCAACAUUCACCCUCCGUUUCCAGCGGCAGCCAGUUACAUCACAGAAACUCUCAAGCAAGGCGCAAGCAAGGCUCUGUUGUCCCGCCCCACCCCCGGCACCUGGUAAUCAGAGUCGUAAAGAAUAAAAAUAUGAUGUGAAGCUGCAUCCUGGUUUCUGUUUUUUUAACGUUAUCUGACACUUACUGGAAACUAUUUGUGAGGCUUGCAUGUAUUGCCUCUAAUUCCAGAAGAUAUAUUAUCAGCUCAAUUGCUGCUUUUUUAAAAUUUUGCCUGGUUUGGAAGCUCACUCAGAGCAGUAGAAAUCAUUUCACAGUGUUUUAUCCAGUUGGUGUUCCUCCAAUGAUGGAAGCAGAAGAGGGAGUGAGACCAUUUCUUUUUAUUCCGAUUCUACUCUGGAGCCCGCCCUCCAGUCCCCACCCAGACUCCAAAUCUGCUCUCCCAAUUUUCCAGAGCGGAUUAGGGGACCCAGGGAAGAGAGGAAUAGAAGUAAGUGGAUGCACACCAAUAGGAUAUCUCCUAUGAACCGUAAUGUAAGAACCCUUGAGAAACAAAUUUUCUUUCAGAGUGUUCUCAGAUUCAUCCUAUUACUUCCUGCAAAGUUUUUCCUUGAUGGAUUUUAGCUUCGGUCAUAGCAUUACUGAACAGAAAGAUUGCAUUAAAACAAAAAGUGUGGCUGAAGAUUUUAUUAAUGAAUACUUCCUUGAAACAGAUCCCAAACUCCAACUGACUUUGCUCCAUCAAUACUUGCAUUAUUAAACAUUAGCUGAAAGUUAGUGUAAAAAGUAAAAAAAGGAUUUUUCUAGGCAUGCAUACAUUCCUGAAAGUGCAUUUUGUAUAAAUGCCACUAGAUGUCAGUAAAGGGAUUGCAAGAACCUGGAGAAUUGCUUUGGAACUUUCCUUGUAAAACACCCAAGUUUAGUUUGUCAGCACUUUUCAAAGUGCCAUGGUAUCUGUGAUCUCCCUAACACAAAUGGAGAAUUAGAUGCCCUAUGUUAUUUGCAAGGAAAAUGCUGUGGGUGUGAGAAUUUGAAACUACACCAUGAUAUUGGAUGUCAGGAUUGUGAAAUGACUGCAUGCCAUCUUGCAUCAUUUUUAGGCAGCAAAUGGAAAGCAAAUGUUCUCAUCCAGCACAGUGUUCUGCAAGUGUAAUUCAAAUAGUGGGUAGAACAUAUAGUUUACAUUAUCUCUCAUGCUGAAAAAGGUAAUUGACAAAUAUAUGCCUUUCUAUUUUUUUAUAGUGGGAUAGGAACGUGGCAUGUGGAAAGCUGAGUCAGACCAUUUGUCCCUGAAGCUAAGUGUUGUCUGCAAUGAUAGGCAAUGGCUCUCCAGGGUUUCAGACCUUUUGCAUGCAAAGCAGAUGCUCUACUACUGAGCUACUAUCCUCAUUUGGUGUACCUGGGGAUGUUCUUUAGACAUUAAACGCUUUAAGUUGGCCUGU